AUGGCCGGCUCCGAGCAGGACGGCGGCACCGGCGAGCCGCCGCUGCCCCUCGAGGACUCCGAGCUGGCGCUGGCCGGCAUCAACAUGCUGCUCAACAACGGCUUCCGGGAGUCCGACCAGCUCUUCAGGAAAUACAGGUACCCGCCAUCCUCUCUCUCUCUCUCUGGCCCCCCAAGGACCUUGCAGUCUAAACUGGGGGCACGUGAGAAGGGACGGAUCUCCAGCCUAAAUUUAAGCCGCCCCCCCGGCCCGCUUUUCUUUUUUGGAAUGAUAACCGUUGGGGUUGCCUUCGGGUGCAUGGAGGCUCGCCCGCCAGAAGCCCUCCACCUGCUCCUCUCUCCCUUGCCACCCUAGCAAUGUGCGCCACUUGUCCUUCUCCCUUUGUUGUGCUUGGCGUUGCUGCCCUCGCUGCUGCACCUAGAACUCGGCCCUCGCUUGGUGCUCAUCCUUGAGCUUGUUUUUUAAUGCCUGCACUUGGCCCUGGGAUAUGUGAGGUAAUAGCCUUGAGCAUGUUCAGAGGCAUUUGCUCUUCCUGUAUGUAUCACCCACGUAUGUGGAAGGAUUGCCCACAUACCACAUUAAAUAAAUGACGUCUUUCUCUUUUAUUGCAUCUCCUACUGAACAAGAUCACACCUUCCAGUUGUGCCUUAAUUCCUAUUUGGAGCAAUACCUGUCACUGCAGUCACACCCUGUGUCACCUUUUUUUCAGCAGGUGUCUAUUGAAACUUGCUUCAGCUAAUCUGGCUGAAUGGCAGAAUGGUUUUAUACACUGAGGGCUAACCACUUCCAGAUCAUGAUCUGAUCUCUUCUUUUCUUAGGCCACUGUAUUUUCAGGUUUUUUUUUCAGUGUCCUCUAUCUUUCUUUGAAUGCUUAGACCCAGAUAUAUGUGACAAUCAACUGUGGUUAGUGGUGAAAGAAAGAAGCCGCUCUGUACAUACUUGAAGAUGCUAAAUAACUUCACGGGGUUCAGGACUGAACACUGGCAUUAAAAGCAGAUCCUGGGACUGAUCUCUAAGUGGUUAAGCAGUGGUGGAAAGGCGGUUGCUUUGUUCUGUCCAGGACGGCAUUGGACACCAUUCACAUAACACUGCUGCUGAUAGAACUUCAUUCAUAUACAGUAUAUGUGGGGAACUGUAUAAAAACCACUAGAGUUUAUAGAGACUGCACAGUGGCAAUUCUUUGGUGGAAUGUGCCCAGUGUGCUGCUUUGUGGUGGCUGGUCUUAUCCUGGUAAUGAUAUAUGUGGGGAGAAAGUUGUGCACUGACUGCAACUAAUGUUACUUCCACAUCAGAGCUCUACAGAAAGGUAAUGCCUCAGUCACAGUGGGAGUCAGUGGGAAGCAGAAUUAAAAUGAAGACUGCACUUUAUACAGUGGUAUAUUACCCAGCAAUGGUAUUUUCCUUGACUACAGUCUUUCUGUAAUAUAUAUUCAUAAGCAAAGGUCUCUUCCAAAGCUUCCUACUUGAAUGCUUUGAUCCUUCUUUUGGAUCCUAUUGAGUGUAGCAGUGGGAUUACUGAUAAACAACUUCUUAAUUAUUGCUUCAGCAGCUUCACUUAGUUGUCCGUUAUUAUCAGUUCCGAUAGGGACUUUAAUCAGUGAUUUACUCUCAUAAUUCUCUUUUCAAUUUUACAUAAAAUAAAGAAAACAGUGAGAGAAAAGAACUAAUUAAAGUACUCUUGACAACUAUUUCUAGGAGCAAGAGCUGUGUAUGCUUGGUAGGAAGUAAUGAAGGGACAGAACCUGCAAGCAGGAUACUUCUAAUUAAAGGUAUAGGUGUUCUGCAAAGCCUUGGUAGCACUUUGCUUGUUCACACUAGUGUUGUCUGGUAAUGCAUUUGGGUUUAAAUUGUAAUUUUAAAAGUGAUACAACUUGAGUGUGAGAAACAUGCGAAGGCUAAAAUCACUCUAUAAUACAAUGAUUUGUCAACCAAACUGGAUCUUCUAUGAAAAUGGUGUGAAGAAAAUAUGACAAUUCUAGAGAAAUGUACUAAUGUAGAAGCUGUAUGUAACAGCCAGGUGGAUAUCAGUAUUUCAGUAUAAGCCACAUAACUUCUCUUCCCCACAAACAAAUAAGAGUCUUUUUAUGGUUCCUCCCUCCCUUGCUUGUGUCUUGGGUACAUACUUUCACUAUGCUGUGUUACCUCACACAUUCACUAGUUGUUGGUUUUAUUUCAGUAGUUUUUCCUCCACUCUCAUUAGUUUUUAUAUUCCUCCCCAACAGUUUAAUAAAAAAAAUUAAUCAAUUUUAUAGACCUCUGGAAUAAGUGCUAAAUGAAGUAGAUUGCAAUAAUACUCCUGGGUACCACUUUGACAUCAGUAUGAUGACCCCCUUCACAAUAAAAUUGAAAUUCUGCAUGGUGGCCUUUGUUUCAAUCUUUCCAAAAUAUUUUCCUGCUGGGAAUCAAUUAGUUCUCUCACUACAGCCACUGGUGCCUAUUUGUUUGCUUACAGUUAAUCUCCCUUACUUUGCCUUGUUGCGUGAACUUUCCAGUGACUGUGGAUACCUCAUGACCUGUCCACAAAUUGUUAGACUCAUAGCUGUCAACUUUUCCCUUUUCUUGCGAGGACUCCUAUUCGGAAUAAGGGAAUUUCCCUUUAAAAAAGGGAAAAGUUGACAGCUAUGGUUAGACUUCACAUCACAAUUACCGGUACAUAUUCAUUUUAUUUCCUUGUCUGCGUUUCUUACAUUCAUCCCAGUUUACUUGUCUCCCCACUGCGAAAUAUCUGUUGGGCUUCAGGGAUAGCUACUCCCUAAUAUUUAACUUAUAAAAUGGGAAUUGGUAGAAACUUCCAGCAGGGGUGCCAACUUGAAUAAAAUAUUUGGAGGGGGGCAGGUAAACCCCGCCUUGCAAAAUCAAUCACAUGACAUGGUGCAUGCACACAAUCUGAAUGGCAAUGCCCAUCAACUUUGGAGGGGCCCAGCCCCCUCAAAUAUUUUAUUGGGGUGGCAAAGACCCCUCAGCCCCUAGAAGUUUGCUCCUAUUACUUCCAAGCUGCCUGGUAGUCAUGCAACAUGUCCUGGAAGCCGGUGUGUGUGUAUAGGUGUGGUGGUGGUGUAAAAAUUGAGGAGCUGGUAUAUUAUAUCAGUAUACCAGCGGUGGGUGCCUGCACAAGAUGGCUGCUACGGGCAGCAAAAAGAGAGAUGCUGGUCCUCCAUACCAGUGAGUACUGCCACACAAAAAUUCACUCCCCACGUGUGCACGCACACACGUAUUUUUGUAUAUAUGGUAGUGCUAAUGAUGAUUCAGUGGUGAAAAUGAGGACCUUUGUACUUGCUCAAACCCUGCUGUACUGCUAAUCCUGGUCAGGAAAACAGCUGCAUUUAACUUUGUUUGAAUUCUCUACCCUCUGUUCCAUUCACCAAUGAUCACCACCAGUGUCUAGGAAACAUUAUCUAGGCACUAAGUGGUACCUUCUACAAUUCAUUUAGCUAGCAGUAUUAGGUAGGUAAAAGAUAAAUGAUCCCUGGAUGGUUAAGUUCAGUCAAAUGCGACUAUGGAGUGGGGCACUCAUCUCGCUUUUCAGACUGAGGGAGCCAGCGUUUGCCCACAGACAGCUUUCUGGGUCAUGUGGCCAGCAUGAUUAAACGGCUUAUGGUGCAAUGGAACACCGGGAUGGGGACCAGAGUGCAUGGAAACACUGUUUACCUUCCUGCUGCAGUGGUACCUAUUUAUCUACUUUCACUGGUGUGCUUUUGAACUGCCAACCUAGCUAGCAGUAUUACUAUUCAAGGAGAUGCCACUUCUGGUGAUCAUUAACCACCUUCUAUCACUUUAUCCUCAUGCCUGUUUUCUCCCACCCAACCUUGUUCAUAUAUAUAUAUAUAUAAUGACGCUUUCCUGAAUUCCAUACUCUUCAUCCCUACCUUACUCAAAAGUUGACUGGCAACAGCUUGGGUCUCCUAUCCUUUGUCAAACCAGUUUUCAAUGUGGUUUCCCAUAAUUUGAAGUAGUAUUCAUUGUUACACUUGUCUUUGGCCUUCUCUGUCUCUUAAGGAAUUGUAUUCCCAGGCACCCUCUCAUCUGGCUUUGUAGACAGAAUUGCAUCAAGUACUUCAAGUCCAUUCACUGAUCACAGAAAUGCAUUUCUCUAUGUUUGAGACACCGGAGCAGGAGUGGGGGAGGCUGUUAUGACCUCAAUGCUUCUAGAGUUGGGACUAAUUUCUUGAAAUGAAGAAAUAAUUCUCAUAAGGUUGCUUGCUAAUCUUGCUUUGGUGACCAUUUAUCUCACAUUGAUUUAGCUGAUGCUGAUUCCCCUGCCAGUUCCCUAAUAUGAUGGCUGUCUCAAAGUAUUGUCUCUGGGAUCUCCAGUCAUGCUUAACGUCUGCCCUAUUUUGCUCUGAGGAAGCUUUGUUGCUUCUGCUUACUGAUGGUGCCUGUCCUUCUCUGCAAGCCCUGUUUAGUGCUCGUGUUGCACCUAGGUAAGCAGGCCUGUGAUCAGCCAUUUGCUACCUGCAUAAACUACAGUGCCAUCUCUACGUCCUGUAUGAGCCAAUUUCCCCCCUCCCCUCCCAGUUCACUCUCCAGUCUUUCACAGAAAGUCUUUCUCUUAGCAUGACUAAGAUCGCAUCAGUGUAGUUCUUUUUAUUCCACCUAGAUUCUUCUGAAGAGAGAGAAGCUUAAGCACAAAUGCUGUGUAUCUUCUUAAUGAGAGCAUUUCCUUGCAUCCUGCAAGCAUUUGGGGGAAGAGUACUGUCAUCUUCUAUUACACUCUUUUAUUUCAGUUCAGCAGAGCAGAUUAUCUGCUUAGUUGACUUUUUUCCCUUCCCCAUUUCACCCCCUUCAGUAUGUUUUUGUUUUCCCAGUGUACAAUUUCAUAGAUACUUUUGUUAGCCAAAGUAAAUUUUGGUACAUUUAAAGUUUGGUAAAAUGUGAAGAACUAUAUCCUUACGCCCUGAUUCUAAAACAUUCACUUGGAAGUGUUUUCUGCUGAAGUCCUUGAGAUUUAUUUCAGCAUAAAAUUGUUAAGUUUAUGCUUAGUUCUUCCUGUUCCUCUUUGUAGUGCAUGAACCAGCAAAAAUACACUUGUCAGCCUUCCUGCAUCACAUACUUUGUUUGUUAAAUACAUAAUCCAAGAGGGAUGAAAUAUAUAACUCAAGUCAAUAUAUAUUGGGUUCCUAGGUGACCUCUCAUUCAGGCACUGACAACCUGCUCAGCUUCAGUAAAGCUGCUGCGUUAGAGGGACCUUGAAAUUGAUCAAACAUUCUUGCAGAAAACCUUUUUUGUCUUCAGAACCAUCCCAUUCAGAUUUUAACAAUUAUCUCAAAAAGGAAAUGUCUUUAUUAGUUUUAUUCAGUUUAGAAUUCGCUACUUACUUCAGUUUGCUACGGGACUGGGAGUAUAUGGGGGAACAAACCAUGACUUGUUUUGGCCUCAAUUUACUUGGAGGAUGUUGUUUUGGCCUCAUAUUGUACUGAAUACGUGUGUAUAAAGCAUACCAACUACUAGAGGAAGCUCUACUAAGAAUAGAGCUGCUCAGCAAAUGUUUUCUAGCAAGCUAAAAAAUCCUCUAGAAAAAUCAUACAUUGCAUUCCAUUUCUGCUGUUUAUAUUGCACAAAAUAGAUUUCUAAAGAAUGAGACCAGUUCAUGUAAUUAUUCUCCUGUGAUCUUCAUUAUGCAAAGACUGAGCUCUAGGCAAGUUGAAGUAUGAAAGAGUAAUCUUUUUUUCUUUUGAGGGGCAAGUGUAUACUUCAGUGCAUUUUGUAUCCUGGCAGGUAUUUGACUGUGUCCUGACUUUUACCUUGGAAGAGGUGUAAACACAGCUGGGUAUUGAACACCUGGUGUACAGCAGUGCCAGCUGGAUGGGAUGCAGGUUUGACAGACUUCAAAUCUGCAUAAAAAUCAGUGCUGCUUUUUUUUUUAACACUCCAAGAAUCCUGUACUUCAAAAAGAGUGGGGGGGGGAAUCAUUAUCUUAUUAUCUGAGGAAGUUGCUUUGCAGAGUUGAGUCUAAAUAGCUGUUUCACCUUUUAUUUCAUAUUAAUUUGUUCAUUUGAGGAAACUAAUCUGAUCUUAAACUGGUAUAUGUGGUUUUAGAACAACUAUAACAGCAUAAUUAUGCUUUCUGUCAAUUUCAGGUAAAACAUCUAAAUUAUUUGCAUAAACCAUUACUAAUAAUCAGUCACAGGAGUGCUGCUGGUGAUAAUUAGUAUACCUGUCUACUCACAAAUCAGGAACAUAUCAGAUAUCUUUGUCACAUCAAAGUUUGACUCAUGAACGUAUGUGUAUGUCUGUGUAUCCUUUCCUUAACUUCUAGGACAGACUUUAGGAAGCAAUAACAGCUGAGAUGUGGGAAGUGGCAUAUGUGUUCCAAAAUUAUUGUGAUAUUUAGAUAAGUGGAUAGUAAAGUACUGUAUAUACCAAUGGGAAAUUGGAAUCCUUCAGUUGAUCUUAGUUGAGAAAAAACAUGUGGUAUAACUCUACCAGCACUAUGAAUAUAGGUCAAACAACCUUCUCCUCUAUUCUGUGGACCUCAGAGGUAGAAACUAGAAGAGGCCAGCUAACAGGAAGAAAUGGCGGCAGAAAGAAAUGAUGUCUCAGUUUUCUCCUCUGAAAUUAAAGAGUUUCAGCAACUGCUUCAGGGUGUUGCAAAUAGCAUCUUAUUUGAAUAGAUGAUCCAAUCGGUGUUAAUGCAAACCAGGAUCUAGUAAUUGGAAAGGGAAAUCAAAAGAUGACUUGGGGGUGGCUGCUGUUAGUUGCUGCCUACUCUCAGCUAGUUGUAACGGAAAUUAUAGAAGGUAUUAAUCACUUCCAGCAUUUGUUAAUUGUGUUGCUGCAUGGAAGAUAGGACACAAAGCAGAUUUCACAGAACAGUUUCCCUAGAAUCCAAGCUCUCCUAUUUAUUUAUUUAUUUAUUUAUUUAUUUAUUUAUUUAUUUGUAGUUUUUGCCUGGGGCUUUCUGACUUACCUUCUGAAUAGAAAAAUUUAUACCCAAGGAAAGAGAUGAUUUAUGAAGAAUAUAGAAUACUGCAAGUCAAAUGGUAUAAUAAUCGUUGUAAUUCUUUCUUGCUGUAUAUUGCAUCCUACCCCAGUCUGCAAGCAGCAAGAGCUUCCAGGGGUGCACUUACCCAGGGUUGGAAUGGUCAGUGGUGAGUGUGAUGUCUUAAGGAUAUAUCAUUUUAUAUUUACACAUAUAUGCACCUGAACGUAAGAUGAAGGGGUUCACAACAUUGAGUUAGCAGUACAGCUAACUCACAUGUUACGUGGUGUGUUGGGUUCCUGGCCAUCAUGAAUAUAAGCAAAAUGGCGUAAAGCCAGGAACCCACAGAACUGCCCCCCUCUGCAAAAUAGUGAGCAGCUUGCCCAGCUUAAGGAAGGAGGUGCAAAGGCUCUGACAGGGUCUAGAGUCCUCCCGUUUCCCUCCCAAAGCCUAGUAAUUGCUUACCCAGCUUUGGGAUGACGCUGUGAGAGCUCUGGGAUUCUGCCAGAGUCCUUACACUGCUUUCCCAAAGUUGGGUAAGCCUGUGGUUGCAGCUUUGUGCAGGUUGGUGGGGGCAAUAAAUAAACGGAGAGUGGCUUUCCUCCUUUGUGUGCUCUGGCACUCAUCACGGUGUUCCGUGACCAGAAGCAGUUUAGUCAUGCUGGCCACAUGACCCGGAAAGCUGUCUGUGGACAAACACCAGCUCCCUUGGCCUUAAAAGUGUAGAUGAGCGCUGCACCCCAUAGUUGAAUUUGACUGGACUUAACCAUCCCGGGAUCCCUUACUUAACUGGUCAGCCAAAGCUAUUACCUUGACAAAGGAACUGGUUUGGCAGGCUUCAUCUUACUCAUUCUGUAAGGCACAGAAUUACAGGUUUGGAGGAGACCCAGUGUAUCAUCCAGAGUGACCCCCAAACUCAUAACAGUAUUGACUACUUGAAAAAAAUGUCACCCCUUGUUGUGAGAUGUGAUUUUGUCCGAGCUAGUCAAUUACUGCUCCUCCUUUAGUUUUUCCAACCACUUCUGGCCUGAGAGGCUUGUAACCUUGAAGUUAACCCCCCCCCCCCCGGAAGCUUGAACAUAUGGGUGAGGACCUUUGGUGAUGUAACAGGGAGAGACUAUUGAGAGUUGGAACUAAGGUUGCUGCCUGUCAGAACUAGGACUAGUCCAUUAACCCCACUUGUGUAGAACAGUCACUUAAAGUACAUGUUCAUAGGAAAUUUCUCAGUGUCAUGUCAGGUGUGUCAAAGCUUUAAGCCUCUUCUAAGUUGACUGAAAUAGUGGACAGUUUGGGGCAAUGCAAUAAUGUAAAAAGGUUUGUUAAAUUGUAGUUGAGCAUCAAAACAAGUGUAGAAGUAAUUGAAAUAUUCAAUUAAAGUAGUUUUGAGUGUCUGGCUCUUCCCACCUGAGCUAUCUAGUGUCUUUGCCACUCACUCACUCCGCCAGAGUCUCCUAGCAGUGACAGAAACACACCUGGCUCUGCUUUUUGUCUUUCACACCUUUUAAUUCCUGACAGAUAUUCUUUUCUUACCUCCAUUAUUCUCUCCAAAAUUGCACCCCCCUUUUUAUUCCUGUCAUUGCUCAGUAUUGCACCUUAACUGUACAGCAUCUGUUUCUUUCACUGUCACUGUCGUUGCCAUUGUCAUUUCCCUGUCACUGUCAUUGCCAACAAAGUGAGUAAACAGCUCCAUAUCCCGAUGGAGAAUGUACAGAUCAGAGGAUAAUUUUGUGUGGUUGAAAUGGGGGUUGAGGGGAUGCACACCGUCAAGGAGCUGAAGAUGGAUGGCUUUAGAAAAGAAGAAGAGGACUCAAAUUUAGUAAUGUUGAUUGGUGUAAGAGUGAAAAGCAGCAUUAACAUGGUUGCUGGGGGUCAGAGUAAUAAUGAAAAGAGAAGAUAUGAGAGUAAGAAGGCAAAUUAAGAGUGUCAGCAAAUGCAAAAAUAGUUAGGAAGAUGAAAUGGAAACUGACAGUUAUAAAAAUGAACAAGAAUUUACUAACUCAUCACCAUGGUAGUAUUAGAACUAAGAAUCAAAGCUUUGGGGGAUUUACAAGUUAAAAUAUUGAAUAAUAAUAAUAAAAAAUAAUUUUGUUAUUUAUACCCUACCCAUCUCACUGGGUUGCCCCAGCCACUCUGGGCAGCUUCCAACACAUAUAAAAACAUAAUAAAAGUUCAAAAAUUAAAAACUUCCCCAUACAGGGCUGCCUUCAGGUGUCUUCUAAAAGUCAGAUAGUUGUUUAUUUCCUUGACGUCUGGUGGGAGGGCAUUCCACAGGACGGGUGCCACUACCGAGAAGACUCUCUGCCUGGUUCCCUUUAACCUCACUUCUUGCAGUGAGGGAACUGCCAGAAGGCCCUCGGAACUGGACCUCAGUGCCUAAGCUGAAUGAUGGGGGUGGAGAUGCUCCUUCAGGUAUACAGGGGCGAGGCUGUUUAUGGCUUUAAAGGUCAGCACCAACACUUCAAAUUGGCUCGAAAACACCUGUGUUGCUAAUAGAUCAUUGUUCUUCUGUGUUGCAGUUAGAGCUCGCUCUCUUCCCAGAGCUCAAUUGUAGUUGGAUUGUACCCUUAAUUAAUUCAUACCUGUUGGAUUUUUCAGUGUACAGCUUCUUUGCUAGCCCUCUGAGCUUAUUGUUUCUGCCAAGAAGCUAGUACACCAAUCUCCUUGCUUGCUUAUAUCCAACAAAUACCUAAUUUGAGUUCUGUCCUCUAUAAAGAUUGAAAGGGUUGUUCUGUUUUUUUGUUCUAUGUUAGUGAGCUGUAACUUUGAGAACAGAAUGUAAUGUAAUGAAAAAUGAAAUGAACAGAGUGUAAAAUAAACAAUUUGGUACAAUUUAAAAUUAUAGUAGCAGCAGUAUUGGUUACUGAAUGAGUCCAGUUCUUACAUGAAAAUUUGCUGUUGUUUUAUGCUAGAACCAUUAAUUUCAACAAAGAAAGCAUUAUUUGCACACAUGAGAUUGCUUGCAUAAGUGUGCUUUCCCUUUUGGAAUUAAUGGGGUGCUCCUGUUCAUUGAAGGGCGCUGAAAAUAAUUGGUGCCCAAGUUUGGUCAUUACAGUAUGUAGAGGAAAUGGGGGAAGAGGAUGGAAGGAGAAGAUUCCCUCAGAUAAGUAUAAGUUGUGGUUAUCGUGAAAUUGUGGAACAGGCUGAGGUUCAUGGCAGCCCUCUUUUUUAAAAAGACUUUGAUGUCUUUUAAAAAGCUUUUGACAUCUGUUGAUAAAAGACUAUUGCCAACUGCAGCUGUAGUCCAGAGCCCUCACACCGCCUUCCCAAAGCCAAGUAUGCCCAUGAUCACAUAUUUCUGCCAAAUAAAUGGCAAGUGGGCUUCCUCCGCUCUCCAUAUAUUUAUUUAUUUCUCCCUGCCCUUGCAAAGCUACGAUCAUGUAAGUAAAAUAAGCGUAAGAUGCAGGUUUACCCUUUCUCAGGAGUUUUUUUUAAUAGACAAAACACUUUCAGCAAGCCCUCUGUGGAGUCCUAUUCUAGUCAGUACAUGUAUUACAUUGCAAUUGUAUUUAUAUACGUCUUUUUAUGUGUGUUCUUAUUGCAAUGUGAAAUCUCUUGAGGUGCUUUGUAGGAAAUGUUUCGUAAAUAAAAUAUAAUAAAAAGAACCCCAAACAAACCUAGAAUAGCAUUCUUCACUGUAGUAGCAAACUCUGCUAGGGAGUGACAACAUGUUUUUAGCCAAAAAGGGGCCACAGAGAAAAAAAGAGAGAGGUAUUAGUGGUCCCUACCCUGCCUCUGGGGAAUUUUUGUACUUCUGUAAACUCAACAUUUCUGCUAAGGGGGCAAAAAAGAGAGGAGGGUGGGAAGGAGUGGAAGUGAAAUGGAGUGCCCUGGAAAACGGCUGGAAAAAUGAACAAGGGCACUGCAACAAAUUGUUGCAGGUUCUGCUUGUCGGUUGUUUUAUUAUUUGCCCAAUUCUACAGAGAUUGUUUAAGCAUGAUGGAAAGCUGCCUGCUUCCAAAUAGCUUUCCAAUUUUUGUAAAAAUGUGUAGUAAGAAUACCAUUACUUUAAUAUUCUAGUGUUUCUUAUAUUGUAUUCGUGUUUUCUUUUCAUCCCUCAUGUGCCCCCACCUUUCAGGAGAGGAUUAGCCAAUAUGGAAUUGCUCUCUUUUCUAGCCAAUAAAUCCCAUUAUGGAGAUCUGUAGUUCAAAGGCAUGCAGCCUUAUCAAGAAAAUAGUGUUGAACGAAAACCAUCAAAAAGGCUGGAAAAGAUAAAGAUAUUAAUAUGAGCUGCUUUUCCCCAAACCCUGCUUGUAGCUGUGGAAAAAAAUAACUGACAGGAGGCAUGCUUUCUCUUUCUCUUUUAAAGAUCCUCUGGACAACAGCUCCAUCAGCAGAACCUGAGUGUAAAGUCUUCCGCUUGGGAAGUGGGGCUCUUCUUCUCUCUCCUCCCCCUGUGCCCCCCAUGGCUCUGGGUGGGGUUGGAGAACCUACAGAAGAGCACAUGGGGGGGAGAGAGGAAGGUUUGUGCUGUCUGGUGAGCUGAAAUGCUUGCACAGAUGGAAUGUUUGUCAUAGCGCAACAUUGAACUCCACUCAUUGAAAAGAGACAGAAAAAGACAGCUGUUUUAGAGCAGAAACCAGUUGUGGAAUUGGUCUGGGAUUGGAUGAAAUGAAGACAUUUGAAGGGAAAGCACAGUGGUCAUUGUAUGAUGUGCCAGUCAUAUACAGUACAUCUUCAAUGAAGUAGCACAUACAUGUAAGGGUCAGUUAACAUGUUCCUGCAGUAGCAUGCUAGCUGAAUUCCAUUUCACUCUGAAUUCUGUUUAAAUUAUAGAGACUCAAUGAAGGAAUCAAAGGGCAUUAAUUAAUUAAGUGCUGAAUGCUAAUAAGCUCCAGGUCAUUUGUCCAAACCAUCUGAAAUUUGGCAUAGAGUAAAAUCUAGCUGCUGAGUGCCAUGAUCGGGCCAAAGUUGACAGUUCUGUUGAAAAUGGCUGCGAAACAGUAGUUUCCCUCUGUCUGUUUUCCCUUUUGCAACCUCCCCUUCCUCCCAAGAUUAUCUGAAAGUUUAGAUUUAAGUACAUUCUAUACCUAAUUUGGGUAUAUGAAUUUGCAUAGGGUGUGUGUGUGAGAGAGAGAGCGAGAGAGAGCGAGAGAGAGAGAGCGCUGAAGUAACGAAGGAUGACCUUUCAGGCAUUUCUUUUGUUCAUCUGAUUAUUUUGUGUCCUAAUUAAGUUCCUUGGGGGGGGGGACUUGUUAUCGCUGGCAGCUAAUUAAAAUUCAUGUGGUCUCUUGUGGAAUAGAUUUAUGUUUCCUGGGAAACAGUUAAUUUUUCUUAACUUUGUGGCAAUUAAAUAUUUUGUUCACGCCUGAGUAGAAAGUAUGCAAUCUACUGUUUAAAUUUACUUAAUAUAUGCAACACUCCCAGUUCAUUCCUUCCAUAUUUUGGUUAUACUGAAAUCAGUUUGUCUUAUUAGCUGUCAGCAUGAUAACUUCAAAUCAGCAAGCUAAGAUUAGAAGGGCUAUCUAGUUUUGAGAUGUAGUUCUGCAAUGACUAUAAAAGGCAAUUUAAGACAAAUAAAUUUAAGUGACAAGUACUUUUUAGAGUGACUGUCAUCAACUGAAAGGCACUCCAAGAGCGUUAAGUCCAAGGUCCCAAAUUAUCUAGCUGUACCUCUGGGUAUACGUAGAAAGAAGCAGUUUAAGGGUUGUUAGCUCUGUGUCAUAGAUGGAACUCUCUAUUGUCACCUGUGCCUGAUAACACCAGCUGCUGGAAAAUAGGGGUCCUUCCCUCAUUCAUUAUCCAUGUGUUUUUUGUGUUUAGGAUAAAAAUGGUAAUGCUCUCUGUAUGGGAUUAUUCUGGAAACUUGUUCUUUAGGAGAACUCUGGAUAUUUUUGGAAUUUUCAUAAUAGCCGAUCAUACAAUUAAUGAAGCAAGCCACUUUUCUGUCAAAAAUAUAGCUUGAUGCUUCAAAGCAGUGUGAUUUCAGGUGGAAAUGUCAAAGAAACAUCUGCCUACAAACCCGGCUCCUUCUCUUGUUAUUAUUUGUCAGUUGGCUUGCAGACUAGAACUUUUCCUUGCUGCACUAAAUUCAUAUACCUCGGGUUAAGAACUGAAUUCAUUCCGGAGGUCCGUUCUUAACCUGAAACUGUUCUUAACCUGAAGCACCACUUUAGCUAAAGGGGCCUGUUGUGCCACCGCUGCGCAAUUUCUGUUCUCAUCCUGAAGCAUAGUUCUUAACCCGAGGUACUAUUUCUGGGUUAGCAGAGUCUGUAACCUGAAGCAUCUGUAACCUGAAGCAUCUGUAACCCGAGGUACCACUGUAGUCAUUAAUUUUAAUUAGUUCAGAUUUAGUGUGUAUUCUGUGUUUAGUUAAAAAUACAAUCUGGAGUUUGAUUUUAUGCUAGGAAUUUGGAAAAUCCUGGAAAUGUAUUAAAUCCAUGUAUAUUGUGUAAAAGUGGAACAUGGAUUUGAAUUUUGAAUGAUUAUUUUAUAGAACAGGUCUUUAUUGUGAUCCUGAAAAUUAAAGAACAAUAGUCCCCGCCAGCACAACUUUAAAAUGACUGGAUUUUGGCUCUUUCCAAAGAUGUUUGAUCAGAUUUUUGUGCUCCCACCCAAGUAGUAAUACGGAAUGUUGACACAAGUAGUAAUUUUACCUUUUUUCUUUUUCUUUUACAGAAACCAUAGUCCAUUAAUGAGUUUUGGGGCUAGCUUUGUCAGUUUUUUGGUAAGUGAGCACAAAUACUCUUGCGCUUAUUUGUAUUAUAUUGUACUGUAUUGUCUAGAUAAAUUAAUGUGAUGCAAGGGGGUCCAAUUUGCUUGCAAGGCCAUUUUUCUCAAAGCACACCCACCUGCCUAUCAACUGACAUCACUGGACGACAUGGAACAUGAUUGUGCAGUCAAGGUAGCAGGAUUUAAUCUCCAUUCAUCAGCAGCUCAAAAGUGCUGUUCAGAGCAGCUUGUGCACUUCACCUGUGAGUGGGCAGGUGGCAGCAGCAGCAGGCAGGUAGAGAAGAAUACUCCGCUCCUGAAAUCAAGUAACAGGUGGGUGACCUGCUGACCUGCCAAAUUUGUCCUGCAUUGGGUAGGGCAGAUAAGGCCCACCCAUCAGAUCCUGUUCCCCACUCCUGAUCUAGAAGUAUUUUAAUGUUGGUAACUUCUGCACCUGGUAGUAUGAUACUGAAUUAUUUAAUUUGAAAAAAGAAGGUUCAUUGUUGGUGGCUAGCACAAACACUUCCAAAAUUUUGUGUAACCUGGCAGCACAUGCACAGUUCAUGCUGGCUAUGCUGACAACUUAGAACUUUUACUGCAGAUCAUCUUCUAAGAAUUCAAACAUACAUCAAAAAGAUAACUCUGCAACAUCUGAUGAUGAACUCUACUUUUAAGACAGACCUGUUCCUUCAGUAGCACAGUAAAUUGUUUGGUCAUUAACCUACAUACUAGAGCAAAUUAAAAUAGGUAACCUUUUCCCUUAACGAUCCUCUGAGAUGCUGCUGAUAAUGAUGCAUCAAGUGAAGUACACCCUUGUCCAUGAAAGCACAUGCCAUGAUAAAUGUUGUAAAACCUGGUGGUUUCAGGUAAAUAGUGAAGACAGCAGAAGCUUUUAUGGCACCUUUAGACUAAGAAUGUGCAUACAUACUCGUCCUACUUUCUUCUAUUGUCGAAUUUACAUGGGAAGCAAAGAAGUACGGGGCAAAUCCCACUUGCAGCUGUGUUGACAUUUUUGUAAAACUUGGAGUUUGCUAGUGUCCCAGUAACAUCAGCUGUCAUGUCAGGGAAAGGCUUAAUGCAGUAUAUUUUCUUAGGAAUAGCUUCCUUUUGGUGUGUAUAAAUAGAAACACCCCCCCCCCCAAAAAACCCUUGCUUAUCUGAGCUGGUUUGCUGAACCAGUGUAACACCACAGCACAGCAUCAUUGUGCCCUGAAAAGCUUUUGCUUAGUUACUAUUCUAAAUAUAGCUGCAGCACUUUACAUGCCUGUGUCAUUCAAAAUGUCCAUUAGAAAAAGCAUUGGGAAAUAAAUUUGCUAUAUGUGGGAGCUGAGAUGAAAUUACCCUGUCCAGAAGUAAAGGGGUUACUGUUUGCUUUUGACUUUGAGGCAUAAAAGUGAUGAUAGAUACAUAGGAGAAUCUGUACAAAUAGAAACUAUAGAAGUAACAAUAAUGAAGUGUUUAUGUAACAUUACUUCUCUUUUCCGCCCUGAGCCCUGCUUCGGCUGGGGAGGGCGGGAUAUAAAUAAUAAUUAUUAUUAUUAUUAUUAUUAUUAUUAUUUUCAGCAAACACAGUAUCACAGUAAUUUCAGUUCAGUUGUAUAUGAAACACCCAGUUAUGUUGGGAGAAUCAGAUAACUAUUUUAAUUUCUGAUUUUUCUUGGACUGGUUCACACAACACUAAGCCUUGGCUCAAUUAGACUGAAGCACAUUGUUUGGACUUCUGAACCCGCCCCAGUAGACAAACCAUGGGUUGUUUUCUGACAACAAACCAUGAUGUGAAGCUACAGUUUUUGUGUUUGUUAAAAGUAUGGUUUGGCAGUGUAUAUAAAUUCAACAGCCUUGCUUAAGCAUUAUUUAUUUGCUUAGCCAUUAUUUAUUUGGCCACCCCACCCCAGAUACCUGCCAAGCUAUAAAGGCAGAGUUAAUACUCUGGGAGUGCAGCAGGUUUGGAUGAAUCCCAAGCUGAAGUGGGACACUUUGGAAGGAUUCUGAGCUUGUCCAUGGUGUUCAGUUGGCAGUGGCAAUGGCAGUGGCAGAGUAACACUUGACCAUUGAAUUCCCCCCCCCCACCAAACUCACAUGCACAUUUACUAUGGCAGGCAGGAACAGCAAUGAUAUGCAGUAGAUCUGCAGCCCACCUCUGAAGCUGGCAUCACUAGUGGUGGAAGAAAGCCUACUCUGGCUGCUACUACUACUGCUAUUGUUGUUCUUUUUGUAGUGCAUCACUGGAGAUGCCUCUGCCUGGAGCUGUACUGGAGAUCAGUUUGUUAGGCAUGGAGAGAAGGAGGAGAUCCCAGAGGAUCUAUCAGAAGUGUUGGUCAGUUUAGUUGAGGGCAAUAUUACCUUCAGCAGAUCUGAUAGCACCCCCCCCCCACCAGACAGCAGUGUCUUGGUGGUGGGCACCUGGGGAGAGCAAGCUUCGACAUCAGCGUGAAGGAGUCUCCUUCAAAUACCCACACCCCCUAAUGCUUGUCCUGUGUAAGUCCUCCACAAUAAAGGCAGAUACAGAAAUGACAGAGCCUAUCUGGGAUCACUUUGAAGUUGGUUUGGAUCCCAGCUAUGGUACCUCCCUGCAUUGCAGGAAGAAGCUGAGCAGGGGGAAGGUUCCAAGCCACAGCACAUCUAACAGCCUUUGAGCGCACCUGUACAGGCAGUACCAUCCCUCAUUGUCAGGGAAGAAGCAAAGUCUGAGAAGUUGGGUAGUAAAAGCAAGAGGCAAGCAGAGUGAGACGUUCCCCUUUCAGUCUCAAGCUCUUCCCAACCAAGAUGCAAAAGUGAUUUGUGGAUGAUUUGGGAUGAGAGAAGUAUGGGUCCAUGAGAUCGAAAUUUCCAAACAUUAACCCAAAAGCAAGGGCUCAGCUUUGAGCUGAAGCACUCCCAGACCCAGAUCAACUGGUUCCUUUGGGUGGAAUGCUGAGAUAUCAGUAUGAUAUUAAUAAUAACAAUUGCAGCCCUGGCGCAUCUGCUACUGCUUGUCCUGCUUCCAGGUAGCAGAAAUAAGAGUCCAAAAGACUGUACAACCUCAGUUGCACUGGAGUAAUGCGGCAGUUUGGGAAGCGAAUUUGCCCUUGGAAAGGUGUACUUUGUACCCUGUUAUCCUAAUAUGAGGACAAAUUUGAAAUGUGUAAAAGAAUCAGUGCUGUGCCAAAAAUAAGAUGAAAAAUCAUAUUACUAUGAAAAUUCAAAUGAGACAAUGGCUUCUGUGUAGUGUUUGCUAACUCGUGUUGUUUUUAAUUUGAUGAAAGAAGAUUUUAUUUCCCUUGGAAAUUUUCAUGGGAACAUCUGUUUCCUUAAUGGGAAUUUUGGGAGAAAAACAGAAAACGUGGGUGGACAGUGGACAUUCAGUUAACAUUUCUUUUAAAAUGGCUGGACAGGCACAGCUGUCUUGAUGUUUAGUAAGUUCCGCUUGAUAGGUUUAUAAUGUGAACAGGCAGUAACAUAUUUAAGCUUGGUGAUGUAUAUUCAUUUAUGUUGGAAAGUGGUUUGAUUAUUUCUUUUUUUAUGUCUGUGUUAAAAGCCUGGAAGUGCAAGAAUGAGUUAACUUGUAAUAAUAAUAAUAAUAAUAAUAUUUAUUUAUUUAUUUAUACAUACAUACAUACAUACCCCGCCCAUCUGGCUGGGUUUCCCAGUCACUCUAGGCUGCUUCCAACAAAACAAUAAAAUACAAUAACCUAUUAAACAUUAAAAGCUACCCUAAACUUGUAGGGAACAUACAUGCUCUAUCAGGAAUAGCUGAAAUGUAAGCUGUUAAAAAGAAUUCCAUGAUAAUUUUGACAGGUUAUCAAAACUAAUAACCAAAUAUUAAUAUUAUAUAUAGGGAGUUUGGAUGCUACAGAAUCUUCAUGCUCUGUUGGAAAUACGUGAGCACUGACAUUAGUUUGCAUCUAAUGAGAGUAGAGCACAAUCUUCUAGUGUCUUAAUAUUUCGACUCUGUGUCCUCCCUCCCAGAGUCUCAUAUGGUGGUCUCCUGAUGCUAGCUGAUAUGGCAUUAGACUUAUUAGAGUAAGUACAUUCCACAUGGGCAAAUAUUCAUGUUCUGAUGAUGCAUUGGAAUGGCCAGUCUGAUCAGUACUACGUCCAAGGUGGGAAACCUGUGGCUCUCCAGGAGUUGUUAGACCACUGUUUUAAUCAUAUCUCACCACUGGCCAUGCUGGCUGGAACUGGAAAUGGAAUCAAACAGCAUCUGGAGGGCCACAUGCUCUCUGUUCCUGAAUUACAAUCAUGUUAGCAAAGUUAAUUGUGACCUUGGCUAUUGCAUUAAGUGUGUAAUGGUUCCAAGAAAGUCUUCAGUUAAUUGUAUAUCAUUUUUCCAUUGGGAAGCCUUCAUCCCAGUACUGUUUUAUAAUACUCAUUCAGUGCACAGUAGCAAAUGGUUAAAUUUUUGACUUCUCUUCUCAUUUUCACAGUGACAUUUUGAAUGCAGUGCUCUUGGGUGAGAUGCUUAUAUGUCUUAGAUAGUGAGCUUAUUUCAAGUGCUUAUAAAACGGUUAUACAAUAUCCUUAGACUGUGCAGCAGUAAGCAGGUUUAGAUUAGGUUGUCACUUUAUGAUUCAAUAGGGGUGUUUUGUUUUGUUUUUGGUUAUGUUUUAACAGAAUGCCAUGAUGACUUUUGAAGAAGAAAAAAUGCAGCUGGCAUGUGAGGACUUAAAAGCUACCGAAAAACUGUGUGAGAGUGAAGAAGCAGGAGUUAUAGAAACCAUUAAAAACAAAAUUAAGAAGAAUGUAAGUGCAACAUUGCUAAUAUGUGAACUAAUGUACCCCAUGCUAAUAUGGCAACUGCUUCCUAGAUAUUUGUCUAAUGGCUGAGUGAAGAUUUAAAUCUUGGUCUCUGAGGUCCUUGUCUUACAUUCAACCCAUCAUCCCUGUGAUUUACCACUUUGUAGUAUCGUCAGGGUACCUAACCGCCAUCUGUUCAAAUAGGCAUUAGUACCCAAGCUUUGGUCUUUGGAGCUCCAGGUAGGAGAUCCUAAAGGCCUUGUUUUGUCACAAGCUCCAACUUCAGACUGCUUAUGGCAAUUGAUAGAUAAGGUCUUGGCUUCUGGUUGUCAUGACAAAAAAUGUAGCCUGAUAUGGCUAGUCUUGCUGUUCUAGAAGCUUUCUUUCAGGUGCCACUAGGCAUCUCAUUGGUAGAUAUUGGCCAUAUAUAGUCGUUUGGCUUUCUUCUUUUUGUGAAGCGUGUUCCAUUCUAUUUGCUAGCCCUGCUGAGUUGUUGACAGUGGUAGCUGAUAACCCCUGAAACCAGAGGGACCACAGCUACAACGACCUACUCUUGUUAAUCCGCUCCUAUUUCACUUUCCCUUGGUUUCUGCUGCACCCCAGCUCUGUCCAUGGAAGCCUGAAUCCUCAGCCAUGAGAACUAAAUAGAAUUUCUGUUUAGGAAAACUCUAAAUAGAACUCCACAUUGGCUCCUGGUGGAAGUGGAAUGCUAACUCGAUGGGGCAAUUGCCCAAAAUCUCAAAGUGAGCAGAGGGUGGAAUCUGAGCAUCAAAUAUCAAACCUUCCAAAGUAACUUGCCCUUCAGUUUCUCUGAAACAGUAAAAUCUUACCCAGAUUCUCCUCCCCCAACACCCCAGACAAAUUUCUUUAACCCCCCCCCCGAAUAUCUCCUUUUUUUCUCUUUACCACUUGUGCAGGCCUCCUCCAUUGAAACCUAGUCCUUUCUCCUCACUUUCCCCACACUAGUUUAAAGGCAGGACUUGGAGAGCAAAGAAGGUGCAUCUGUUAAUUCAGAAGUUACCAGUUACCAUUUAGCUUCUAACCCUCAUGCUUCUGUCUGUUGAAUUGCAGGUUCAUACAGGUAUUUGCAGUGUUGUGACUUGACAGAUCUAUGUGGAUCUCUGCUUACCUUUGAUACUUGUCUGUGACUGCAAAGCCGACACUUGUAAUUGAAAUGACAUUUGAAGCACAUGUUUUUGCACUUAAAAUAAAUUACAAUUAAUAUAUUACUGUUUCAGAUGAUGUAAGUUAAUAGAGGAUUUCCGCUUCAGUUGCCACCACCUGUUGUAUACAUGUAGUUGGCACGUCUCCUCUUCCAAACCAGAAUGAUUAAUUUUGGCUAGUAAUCCUGCUGAAGUAUCCCAUGGAUGCUGUUUGUCUUUGCUAGUUCAGUGGACCAGUGCAGCACUGCAUAGUCUAUAAAUAAUGAAGCUUUGGCCUCCCUUGAGAACAUCCUGCAUUAUUAAUGUUGAGUGUAUAAAAAUCUGAGCAGUUUGUUUAGUUUCACUGUUCCAUAUAUUUUUCUAAUGGAAAUAUGUGGAGGUCUUUGUUUUCCAGUUCCCAGUGUACAAAUGCACCAUCCAUCAUCUUUUGCAGAGGGGCAGGGGUGGGCAGCAACUUUGCAGAGAGGAACAGCAGGCAUAAUGCCCUAUUGAACUCAGUGCUCACUCCUCAGAUUAUCACCUUUUUUUUUUGUAAAAGACAGUAACAUCCUCUGACACUUGAAUAAAGAAAAGGUGAUAUAUAUUCCCAACAUUUUAUGAAAUGUAUGUGCAGGUAUUACUGCUUGCUUUUCUAAUCCAUUUCUUUUAAAACACUCUUGCAUAUGCAAUUAUGUAAUAGAAUCUGAUUAUUUAUGCCAAAGCGAACUAAAAUACGAAGCUAACCAUGGCUUUAUUUGAAAGGUUUCUCCUUUAUUGCUACUGCCUCUCAUCUCCUUCUAUGCUUCCACAGAAUAAGAAAAUGAUUUCAAAUAAAGGUUGCUAGAAUGGGAAAUACAAUAGAUAUGCUUGUUUCAUGGUUCCAGUACUGAACUUUUUUACCUGCUAGAGCAGAAGACAGGAAGUAUGUACGCACACUUUCUGUUGGAUGGACAAUACAUUCCUUAUCAUAAUGCUCUUACAUAUGAAAGUGUUCCUCUGCAACAUAUGGAAAAUGUACAAUGUUUUCAGUUUCCAAACAUACAGACAGUUUUGUAAAUGUGAUAGGCAAUUCUCUUUAGUUUCAGUUCUGUGUUAGGAUUCCACACAGUUUUUGUGUGUGUCCCUAUUGGGAAAUGAAAGACCACCUUGUUGCAAGGGAGAAUAUGUUGCCUGAGUUAGAAGAAUUUAAGAUUCAUUGGAUGUUUCUACCCUACUUUCAUGGCUUUCAAACAGGUUGAUGGCCGAAAGGCUACCCCAUCCAUGAUUGAUCGACUGCAGAGACAAAUCAUUGUAGCAGACUGUCAAGUUUAUCUUGCUGUGCUUUCUUUUGUGAAACAAGAACUCUCGGGUGAGCUCUGACUUCUAAUAUUAAACCUUUAUUUCCCCUCCCCACCCCAACUGAAUUUUUGAGUUCUCCAGUCCUUCCCACUUGUAGGUGACAAGAAAGUAUAAAAUGUUGUUGACCAGUUUGAUGUGCUGGUGAUUGACAACUUACAUUCCAUUCUAGUAGCCUGUUAAGACAGUUUGCAAGAAGGAAAUAAAUUUUUCUCCUUUCAUGUGCAUGCUACAGCUUUCUUUGUGUGUGGUUUCAAAUGCUUUUUGGAACUCCUGUUGUUAUUUAACAUUAGACCCUAUAAAUCCAAGUUACUGUUAGUGAGUUGUUGGUCUCCUUUCAGUUAACACUGUUGGUCAGAUUAGAAGCUGCUUUACAUUUAAUCAAAUGAUGUGAUAACAGUAAUUCUGCAUCCAGUGUGUGUGUGUUUUUUUACUUUCUUGUAUCACCCUUGGAUAUUAGGAAUAUUUUAAAUAAAUCUAGUGCAUGCUGAAGAAAUACAUGUAUAUCUGAUUAUUUUUUGAAAACUAGUAUUUCAGUGCAAAACGCAGCACGUCUAUAUAAGAUUGUUCUGAAGUGUACCUCUCAUUUUUGACCUUUAUCUGUCAAUGUGCAAGCCAAGGUGAGGAGAGGACUAUGUAUUUUACCCCCUCCAUGCUUACUGCGGCAUUGCUGAACAAAAUUGUGUAAACACUUGCCUUGUGGUGAGCCACACGAGAACCAAAUGUGCUAUGCAGCAGAAAGUGGUCGAACUGCACAGUCUUGCAGUAACUUUAGCCUCCUAAUAAAGCUGAAUCAUGGCUGUUGGUCUGAAUGUUUUUAUUGCAACAGACAGCUUAAUUUUCCAUAGCUUGAUAGUUCUAAAAAAGAAACUGUUCCUUCCUUCAUUGUUUACAGCCUAUCCAAAGCAAUUGGGAAUGAAUAGUGACUUAACCAUUGUAAAGAUUUAUGGUUAGAGUUUGCAUGCUACAUCAUUUUUUUCUUUGGGCCCUAUAUGUCCCCACAUAUUCUGAGUCCCUUGGCAGAAUCCUCCGAAAACCAGAAUCUCCUCUUAAUAUCACAUACUAACUGCUUAGGUUCUUUAGUCUUUUUCUGUUUUCAGAAUCCCUGCAUAUUGGUUUGAGCAUGUGUAUAAGUUGGAAAGGUUUUUUAGGUUUUAGUCCAUUAAGCAGAUCCACUAGCACAAGCACUUCUCACUGUACAAUGGGAAUUCCCUUCCCCUUCCUCACCCCCUUGCUUCCCUAUAUCUGAGGAGGGUUGGGGGAACCCCCAGAACGUAUUUAGGGAGCACACAGGAAAUGAAGUUCCGGCACAUUGCCAAAAGUGCUUGCGUUAGUGGAACACUUUGUGUGUUGUAAAGCUUGUUUGUUGUGGGGAAAGGUAUAAUAAGUUGAUGUUCAGUAUUUAUGAAUGACUUUUACUAGUAUUAUUAUUUAUUAAAUGUCUAUACUGCCCUCCAUCCAAAUAUCACAGGGCGGUUUACAAUAUAAAAAAACAAAAAUACAUACCUUAAUAACAAACAAAAACAAUACCCUACACACACAGUUUAAAAAGUCAUACAUAGAUUGUUUAAUUAGCCCAAGGUCUGGGAGAAGAGAAAUGUUUUUGCAUGCCCCCUAAAGAUGUACAGUCAAACCUCAGCUCCCAAACACCUCUGUUUUGGAACAUUUCGGCUCCCAAACACCGAAAACCUGGAAGUAAAUGCUCUGGUUUUUUACCUUUUCGGAAGCCGAACGUCCAGCGCAGCUUCUGCUUGAGUUCAAGAAGCUCUUGCAGCCUAUCGGAAGCCAUGCCUCUGUUUUUGACCAUUUCGGAAGCCGAACAGGCUUCUGGAACGAAUUAUGUUCGACAACCGAGGUUUGACUGUAUAAUGAAGGUGCCAGACGAACCUUUCUGGGGAGAGCAUUCCACAGAUUGGAAAAGGCCUGUUCUCAUGGACCUUUCAUGGAGAAAGCACAUGAAGAAGGGCCUCAGAUUAUCAUUGCAGGGUCCAGGUCAGUUCUGGAACCAUUAUUAUGUUGUUUCUCUGUUUGGAAAUGCUGCUAUCUUUGACUGAACUCUUCUUUUCUUUUCCCAGCUUAUAUAAAAGGUGGGUGGAUCCUUAGAAAAGCUUGGAAAAUCUACAAUAAAUGCUAUACAGACAUUAAUACACUUCAGGAAUUAUAUCAGAAGAAGAUAACUCAGGAAUCCUUGACUUCUUACGCUGCAAAUGAUAAUCAUAUUGCUGCAGAAAGCAUAACGGAGGAUUCACUAAACCGUCUGAAAGGUGCUGUUAGCUUUGGAUAUGGACUUUUUCAUCUUUGCAUAUCCAUGGUGCCCCCAAACCUGCUCAAAAUCAUCAACCUGCUGGGUUUUCCUGGAGACCGCCUGCAGGGGCUUUCUUCACUGAUAUAUGCAAGUGAAAGUAAGGACAUGAAGGCCCCUUUAGCUACGUGAGUAGCUAUAUUGCAAUGCUUUGGUAAAUAACUUAGUACUGAAAGUAAGUAAACUGCAAUCCAAUGUAAGUUAGGAAGCGGUCUUGUAUUUGUUCUUUUCAUUUUAUUUUAAUGGAAACAUCACCAGAUAAUGUUGUUGCUUGAUGUGCGAUGGUUUAUGAAAUGAGAAUCUGGCUUUUAGAGAGAUUUUUAAUUCACCAAGGAUAUAUUUUUGUGUCCUCAGAUGCUUACAAAUUCAAACAUCCUAGAUAAAUGCUGAUUGAAAUAAACAGCUCUUAAGGCAGUAAUAAUUUGGCACUUUUAAAAUUGGUUUUCAGUAAUGUUGUAUAGAAUUUCUUAUUCUAUCUCUGUGUCUCUGUAUGAUUCUGUGUAUUCCAAUGAUGGACCACAUUUCUCAAAAGCCCUGAGUGGUCUGUGACCAACAUGUAGAACUCCUCCAUUCAGGCUUCUCCAGCUCAGUGGAAGGAAUAGUUAUGCCCAAUCCAUAGCCUCCUUUUGCAUGUAAUAGCCCUGUGGCAAGGACCCUCUGGUUCUCCACAGUUGCAAGAAGUAUUUGGCUUGAGGUGAAAUACUGUGAAUGCAGCCUCCAUCCAGUGAAGCUAUUGGAAAGAUUUGAGUGAUAUUAAUGAAUUAUAUACCACUUUAACCUUUUGUAGAAACAUUUUUUUUGUUAAGGAUUUAGCUGGUGUUGACUUGUGCCUGCAAAGUUGGGUUAAUGUUGGCUUUUAUUUUGCAUGGCAGCUAUUUUUCAUUUAGAAUUCUGGUUUAACGUGUUAAUUCCAAUUGUAGUCUGUAAUUCAUAUUUUUUUAAUACUAUGUUAGGGUUCUGGAUUGAGAAAUACUGUGUGUAUUCAAUUCAAUAAAAGUAGAGCUUUGUAUGUGCAAAGAGAUGCAUACUGAGGGCUACCUCUUCCUCUGACAUGAAAGCCCCAUAAUGCAGGGGUGCUGAGCUGUUUCCUUCUUGUACUAUAGUGUUAAUUACAUGUUGUGCGCACAAGUGGCCUUCGACUGGAACCCUAGACAUCUCUGGCACAGCUGGAAGAAUAAGUUGGGCAUAGCCUGAGGUGUUCUGAAUCUUUUACUGUAGUUGAUUGUGUGGUGAAUUGCAAACUGGUUUUAAGUAUGCAGCUGGGUGGAGGGAAUAUUUGCUUGUUCUGUUGCAUAAUGAAUGACCACACAAAUGCACACUUCUGUCCUACCCUGUGUGUGUGAUGCUGUAGGAUUGUGACCUUGCUUAGAAGCACAAAAAGACAACCCGGUUUAAAUUAAGGUAUUGGCAUAAUGUUGGCCUGGCACAGGAGAGAGAGAGAAAGAAAGAAAGAAAGAAAGAAAAUCUUUUGUCAGCAGCUCCUCAUUACAGAAACAGCUAGCUUCAUGAUUUGUGUGUGUGUGUGUGUGUCUUUUCAGAUUAGCCUUGCUGUGGUACCACACUGUGGUUCGUCCUUUUUUUGCUUUGGAUGGCAGUGACACCAAAGCAGGAUUGCAAGAGGCUAAAGACAUUCUCCAGAAAAAAGAAGCUGCUUAUCCAAACUCGUCUCUCUUUAUGUUCUUCAAGGGAAGAAUACAGCGUCUAGAGGUACCGAUAGACUUCUCUGUAUGACUGUAAUUUUGCAAGAUUUGUUGAGUCAAAACCAUUUCAAUAACAGAGUAUCAAUGCAGUUGGCCUAUCCAUAAUAUAGUCAAGAGGACAGUGAUUGGGGGAGUGUUCUAUUUAGCAUGAAACAUGGUGCCCUGGACUCUUAAAAAAACAAAAUAAACUGAAAAACAAGUUUCUAGAGGUCAUGGGUGCGGAGAAUAUCUCCAAAAUGUGUUGGCAGUUAUAGAUGUCAAAGUAGAGGUUUUCCUUUGGCAAAAGGGUGACAUUUUUCAUAUCUGGCUUCUGCUCUGUUGGUACCAUUAAUUCCAGUGUCUUCCUGACCCCUUGUGGGAGAAGAAGUAAACUGUUCUGAAAUUGUACAUGGCUAGCUAAAAUGGUGGCAGCACGACAGUGGCCUUAUUCAUGUGCAGUGUUAAACCAGAGCCUGCCAAUGAAAGCUCCUCAUUUGUGCCUGCUUUGCUCUUACUCAGUUCCUGUUUAUGCCAUGCCAGGAGGAAGAAAAACAGGAGGCUGGCUUAGUAUUAUGUGUAAACCAGUGCUUGUGGUUUGUUUCUCUCGAAACAAAGCAACAAACUCACUCUUUGGAGAGAAAGGAACCAACAAACCUUUGUUACAGCUAUUGGUUAAUGAGAAGAGAACUUAACCUGGUUCAUAUAGCAUACUAAGUCAAACCUUGGCUUAACUCAGUACAUUGCAGCAGCUAAAAUGACCAGGGAACAGCAAAGUUGCCGUCAGCUCCUGUCCAGCAGACCAUACAUUUGUGUAAUCUUGUUAAGCCAAGUUAGUGUGUCCUGUGAACCAGGCCUGAUUUGAGUAGCCAGCUGAUGUUUAGGCUGCAGGCUUGCAGUAAAAUCACACCAGACCAUCCUUGCUUCCAAUCUUCUGGAGGGCUUGGAAUUGUAAUGAUAGAACUGGUAUUUAUUCAUAGUUGCAUUUUGAUAAUAGUAUUUCUCUCUCUCUCUCUCUCCUUAGUGUCAAAUCAACAGUGCCUUGACCUCCUUUCAUACUGCUUUGGAACUGGCAACUGAUCAGAGAGAGAUUCAGCAUGUCUGUCUAUAUGAAAUUGGUAUAUAAUAAUACUAAUGUAUUUUCUUAUUGCUACUGUGUUUAAUCACUGCUACUAGUGCUUGAAUGAGCAAUAUUGAGUUGUGUUAGUAAAUUAUAUAAUCAUGAUCACUUGUUGGUCAACAGACAAAGGGGGAAAUUAAGUUUACCACACUUAAUUGUCCAUUGAUGCAUAAGGAUUACUUGAGCUACAUGCUCAUUGCCUUUAUUAACACACACCUAAAAAGUUACAUUGAUAAUGUUCAACCUGUGACUGUGGAGUGAAUGCAUGUCUUGCUUACUGUCAAGAAAGUGCAGCAUUAGUAAACCAAAACUGCACCUCUUCUCCCCACAUACACACACAUUUUGAAAGCAUGUUAAGAGCUGUGUUUACACUUCAGAUUCUAGUUUUUAUUCAGUGACUUCUUACAGAAGACUGUGUUCCUGAUAUAAUUAAAGGCACCGUGGCUUCUAAAUGAAGACAAAGCAAUGCAUUUUUGUUUCACCCACUCUUUGAAACUGUAACAUCUCCUAACCUUUGUGGACUUCCUUCAGACAGAAAACAAGCAGGUUUUACUUGAAGCAGUGUGAUGGGCAACUUGCUGCCAGAAAAGCUGCCUGCUUACAGAAACUCCACUCCAUUUCUGCAAUGGCUGUUGACACCCAUAACCCUUGUGCUCUCAUGUGCAGUGAGGGAUCAGGACUCACUCAGUCCUGCAUCAGUGGCAGAUUCUAUUUCCUCCAGAUAUAUUCUCUCUCUCUCUCUCUCUCUCUCUCUCUCUCUCUCUCUCUCCCUCUCCCUCUCCCUCUCCCUCUCUCCCUCUCUCUCUCUCCCGUGUGUGUGUGUGUGCUUAUUCCAUGUAUGAACCAUUUCUUUUCAGUGUGUUUAAAAAAUGUUUUGCUUGUUCUUACAGGCUGGUGCAGCAUGAUAGAAAUGAACUUCAAGGAUGCAUUUGAAUCCUUUGAGCGUCUUAAAAAUGAAUCAAGAUGGUCCCAAUGCUACUAUGCCUAUUUGACAGCAGGGAAGUAUCAUUACAUGAAUAGGAGUGUGGGGGGGUGUGGGGGUGUGUUGAAUUCGUUGAUCAUUAUAUAGCAGUAGCAUAUCUCUGCAAGAAAACUACCCACAACUUACAUUUUUCCUUUUCUAGGUUAUGUAUUGUAAAUAAACCUUAGAUUUACAGCUUCACAAAUCACAACAUUAAUGUAACAGUGGUGUGUAUUUAUAUAUUUUUAUUUACUGUUAAUUAGAUGAAAUGUGAGCAUGCAAUAUUCUUCCUGCAUGAUAGCUUCUAUCUGCAUUUGUUUGCAUCUCAUUAUUAUUUAUGUAUGAAGCACCUAAGGUUUUCUAGGCGCUGUACAAAUAUCAAAAGCAACACAGAACCUGCCUGUAGGCUUAUAAUCGCAUAGGUAUCCUACAUAAAGAUGGAGCAAGGAAAGAAAAACAAGCAAAUUCAGGCAUCAGUUAGUCAUUAAACAUUUAAGAAAUUUUAUGAAUAUGUGGAAUGGCAGCUGAAAAUGUUUUUUGCCCUAAGAUAACUAGAAUAAACUUUUGGUGUGUGCUUUAUUACAGUGUGUCAAGGUGCCACCGGUGAUGUGAAUGGAGCUCAGAAUGUGUUCAAAGAAGUCCAGAAGCUUUUUAAAAGAAAAAACAAUCAAAUUGAGCAGUUUUCGGUCAAAAAGGUCUGAUGAGCAUAGGCCGAGUUGAUUUGAUGGUGGUGGUGGUGGUGAUAGCAAUCUAAGCUGAAUCUUUUAAAAUCUUUACUGAACAAUGCAGUUUAAAUACUGAAGUUUACUGACCCUGUUAAAAUAAGUAUGUCAGGACCUGUCAUGAGAAGCAUAUGUGUUUCAGGCUGGGACACCUCCCCCCCCCUCCCAGUUUGUACCCCUCUCAACUUAGGAAAAGGCCAUGAGUUUUAUGAGAUCAGCACUAGAGAAUGAUUCAAUGCUGUGCUGGUUUGUACAUUAUUUUCUCCUUAUGGAGAGAGUGCACAUAAUUUUAGUGAGAAUCUUAAUUUUGUAUGCUUCUUCUGCCAGAUACAGGAAUACUUCUGUAAAUGGAAACUGGUAGUGGAAGAAUUCCACUGGAAAAGCUAAACCAUGUCUGUCUUAAUGGGAAAGCAAAAUAAUAUUAUAGUGCAUGUGACAUUCUGAAGAGAAAAAUAGACAAUCCAUUUUUUUACUAUGUGCCAUUUUCCUUGUUCAGUUACUGUGCUGUUAGUGUCUGUAGAAUGAUCCUAUUAAGGUUAGUGCCAUAAGAACAUUUUAAAUUCUCUGUAUGGCAAUAUUUGGCUUAAAGCAGUGUCAACAGCGUUCAAAACUCCCAUUGUUCUAGGCACAUUUUGCGACUGGGAAUUUCAUUAGCACAAGCAAUUUCUGAGCAGUACUGCACCUAAAAUUUCUGAUUUAAACUGCCGCUGCUGAUGCUGAGGGCGUGGGAGGAGAAAUUUCUGCCUGCUCAACUUCAGGAAAUCACUGCAGCAUCAGGCAAGCUGAUAGGUUCUGCCUCUCAGCUGGCCUUACAGACAGGCAGUGUUUUGAGGGACGCUCCAAUAUUAAGGGGGCAGGCAGGGGAAGCAUGGCUUUGUGUUUUUUUGCAGUCUUCAGAUGAGGACUAGACCAUGUGAAAAAUGAACAUAAGAUUUUAGCAGCAGUUCAUUAAUUUUCAGUUUUGUAUUGUUAUAAAAAAGUGUGCCUAGUCAUUCUGUUGUGGCGCACAUAACUUGGUUUAAUGUGCCAUUUAGGUCCUAGUUUUCAUAACUCAGCUUCUACCACUGAGUGUCAAACAGUUUAAAUUGCCAACAAGCUAUCUGGAGAGAAAAGGGCUUCACUUCUUUUAUCUGGUCCCUUUUCUUUCUCUCUCCUUUGUCCUCUCUUGCCCUUGAAAACUUUCCCAUGUUUGUCCCCUUGCUUUGUUGAUACCUGAGAUAAUACCAGGAGUUUAGAUUCCUGGAGGCAGAUCUAAAUUAGAAGAGGGAACUGUGGACAUGGUGUUGGGCAGUAACCCAAGUGUGUGUUGAUGACCUUAAAACCAGUACAUUUCUGCUAUGGGGUGGCUUGGUCUGGGUGGACAGGGGUGGCUGAAUGAGGUUGAAGGAUCCAAUAAGUGAUAUGCUAUGGAUCUCCCCAUAGGAGUCUGGGACUUGUCCACAAAUUGCUUUUUUCUUAACUAAUUGGAAAGAGUCCCUCAUCCUCGCAAGACAAGUUGUGACUCUUUAUGAUUAGGAAUCUGAUCCAGAAAGUAGGUACAUGCAACAUAAAUGCUCUCCUUUGAUGUGAGCUCAGAAAUGCUUCGCAAAAUUCUUAAGUUAAAGGGAAGUGCCUUUAACUUUAAAUCCAUGAGAUCUGCAUUGCGUGCAUUGGUCUUUAUAUUUGUUAGUUGCUUUGUGCAAAAAAAAUCUCAAAGCAAUUUAACAACAGGGUUAAUGCUCAGCUGCACCAUGGUCAUGCGCAAAGAUCAGCCUGUUGUUAUUCUGAGCUUUUCAGUACUGGAGGGGAAUGUUUUGGAAGAGUGGGACUUAAAAAUGUGCGCCCUGCGAGUCCCAAACAGUACUACAAAGUUCCUGUUCUAGACUGGCUGAAGACCUGAACAGCACACACUUUGUAGUGUUUAGGGGUACACUGGAACAUUAUGUUGUGGCACAUGAUUCUUUACGCUGACAUUUCAGUCUUUGGAGGUUUGCGGUUUUUCUGGCUGAAUGUUAAAAAUAUCCUUCAGCUUGUCCAAUUGUAUAACUUUAAAGGUUGCAUUUUGAAAACAUGUUGAAAACUUCUUGCCCUUGGCUUAGAUGGAAAUUAAAAUAAACCAUUUUAUUGUUUUCAGGCAGAUAGAUUUAGGAAGCAGAAACCAACCAAGCAACUCUGUAUACUGGCAUCCAUUGAAGUAUUGUAUUUAUGGAAAGCUCUUCCAAACUGCUCCUUCCCAAACCUACAGCACAUGAGUCAAGGUACAAGAUGUGAUGUCUGUUUCUUUUUAUUGUUGUUUUCUGCACAAACUGUUUCUUUUACAAACCCUCACUUUUCUGUCGCUAAUACUUGCAGUUUGUGCCAAUUUAAGGCAGAAACUGGCUUACUCAUCUAAUGAUUGAUACGCUAUAAACUCUUGGGCUUUGAAUAAUAAGCAGUUUGAAGUGGAUAAUAAACCAGAUUGUGGAAAUUUGAGUAUUGUUCUCCCACCACCGAUCAGAACAUAUUCUUGGCAGUAAUGUGAGCCAAAAUAUAGUGCAUGUUAGCUACUGGUUCAGUGUUGUGGUUUGCCAUUGUUCCCUUUAUUUCUGAUGUUCAGGCUGUGAGUACCAGUGCUCACGUAGCUUCCCAAGAGAGAGCUAUCAAUAGAUGCAGGAGUCCAAGGUGAUGGGAAGGGGCACACUGAGACAGUUAGCCACUGCCCAUCCAGCUUAUGCCACCCCCUCUCCUCUCACUAUCUCCCCUCUUGUGCGCAGCAAAGAUUACUUGAUAUUACAUAGAUAGGGUUGGCUGUUAGUUGCCCAGUCUGCAUCUCCAUAUCUUGCAACUGGUUUCUGAAACAAUCUGGUCCUAAACUCUUAACACAUUAAAGGUCAGAACCAGCAGUGUAAAUAAAGCCCUGAAACAGAUGGGCAACCAGUAGGGAUGGUAUAACACCCAGUCUUCCAGUACCUGAUGGCAACUGGUAGAAGUUUCCUGAAUGUCUAAAGGGAACCCCACAUUGUCACGACCUAUUCACUUCGAAAUUAGGGCAUGAACAACUGAUGCCGGAUCUGUCAUCUUCAGGAAGUAGAGACAGGCACAGAUGACAAAUAUUCUUUACUAUCUACUCAUGUUUUGCCUUAAUUUGAAGCACGCUUUGUUAGACUGUGGAUUUCUGAAGAUAAAAAAGCAUAUUGCUUCAAAGGAAAAACAAAACUAUACAGCAUUCCUAUACAGAUGCCUUGUCAUGCAUCUCUUUAAGAGAGUUCUUUAGUGCCAAGGCUAAACUUAGUGGUGAUGUCAUUUGUCUCGGGUUGCUGAAGAAGCUAUAAGCCUUAGGAUGGAAGAGAUUCAUAUUCAAAAUGGCAGCUGGCACUCGCCGUGAGCAAUUUAGACAAGACUUAAAACACGUUUCUGUAUAUAAACAGUAUAUAGCUUCUCAAGGCCUUCUUCUGACUUUUAUGACUAUACUUUAGGCCUUGGGAAAUUUGCUUUAGGGUUGGAAAAGCCAUCCAGAGGUAAAGGCUGCAACUUGAACAUAUUUCCAGAAGUUCAUUUUUCUGUGCCAUUUGACUCAUACAGAAUACAAAGCUGGAAAGCUUGACUUAAACUCAUGGUGUGUGUACACAUCUGUGUCCAACAUGUUCCUCCCUGGUUCAUGCAAAUACAGUCAUACCUCGGGUUACAGACGCUUCAGGUUGUGUUUUUUCGGGUUACAGAUGCGCUGAAACCCGGAAGUGCCGGAACAGGUUACUUCCGGAUUUCGGCGGUCACGCAUGUGCAGAAGUGCUAAAUCGCGCUUUGCGCAUGCGCAGAAGCGCCGAAUCACAACCCGCACAUGCAUAGACGCGGCGCUGCGGGUUGCGAACAUGCUUCCCGCACGGAUCAUAUUUGCAACCCGAGUGUCCACUGUAAAGGAUUUAUAACGCUUUACCUUAUUUGUUUUUUAUUGGUAACUUCACAAACUUUUCGUUGCUCCUUUGUUUCUUAACCAAUUCUUAGUCAACAUAAAUUUGCUGCUGCUUUAAACACAUUUGGCAUUUCCUCAAGCAUAAACAUAAAUGAAAAUAUUUGUGCAAUAGAACAGUAUGUUUUAAAGCUAUUAUAAACAUUUCGGUGUUGGUUGAACUAUGAGCCAAUUCAUAUAUUGUUUCACCUGGCUCUCCUGCAUAUUUGAAUGGCUAUGCUGAAGGUUUAGGGGUCAAUCCAUCCCCCUAGCUGGCACUGGUGGGGCUUGAUGGAGCUAUGCAGCCACUGCUGCUUCCACAGCGCAGAUCGGACCCAUUGCCAUCAUGCACGAGUAGUAGGGUUGGCACCGGAUCCAUCUGGUGGUUGAUGAUUGAAAGGGGAGAAUAUUAGCAUUUUUUUGUCCAGAUGUUGAUUGGACUAAAAAGUCUAAAGUGAAGACAGAAGAUUAGGGGAUAGGUUUAAAGCAGCCUUCCUCAAUCAUUUGCCCACCAGAUGUUUUGGACUACAACCCCUAUCAUCCCUGUCCACUGGCUGAUGAGAAUUUGAAGUCCCAAACUUAUCUGUAGAGCAGCAACCUGGGGAAGAUUGGUUUUAAAGCUUUUUAAGCAGCUUUCUGUAUCUAAUUCAUUUUUGUUAUAAUUACGUUGGGUUUCUUGUAUACUGCUUAAAGGCAAUUGUAAUAAAAUUGUGUACAAAUUGUUGAACUAAAUUUAAUAUUUUUUUUAUCUAGUUUAAAAACUAAAUGCUUCAACCUUUUCUUUUCUGAUAUAGCUUGCCAUGAAAUUGAUGAUUCCACUGUUGUUGGUUUAAAGAACUUGCUACUUGGGGCCAUACACAAAUGCUUAGGAAAUGCUGAAGAUGCUGUUCAGGUAUGUUCCUCUUCUAAAGUCCCUGAACUCCCAACAGCUAGGGAGUUCUUCCAAGUUUAUUUUUGAUUUGAUGCAUUAACUGGUUCUGAAGCUAACUGACAAAUCAACAGGCCCUACAGGUGAAGAUAGUUGCAAGAUCUGAGAAUAUGUUGUCCAGUGUGAAGGUUUCUUUUGUUCUUUGAAAUGUCACUGUGUGUUGAAUGUGUCAAUUUUGUUUUACAGUUCUUUCAACGAGCCCUUAAAGAUGAACUGUGCCGCCAAAACAAUUUAUAUAUCCAACCCUAUGCUUGCUAUGAACUUGGCUGUCUCUUGUUAGAAGACCCACAGGUAAACAGUACAGCAUACUUUGGAAAUGUCUGAAUUUACUGCUUCAAAAGAGAGAAGUAGAGGAAGGUUGCAAGCAAUCUGGAAUGUGCAUUUUCUCUUUCUGGCCUUUCCUAGCGGUGUUAUUUUUAACACAUGCUCCUGUGUUCUGGGGAGUUGUAUUGAUCUUAUCCUACCAGUUUACUGAUUGCCUAACAUAAUUGCAUCAAGUUUACCAGCAAUUUAUUGAUAUGACUCUUGCAUUUAAUCAGUGCAAUAAAAUCAAUGGUCCAUUUGAAAUGUCCAUUUAUUCAGUCACUGCAGCAUUGUUGGUGAAAAACGUUUAAAUGUUCUGAAAUGAUAUUGCACUGGUAGUACAGGUGAUAUUCUCUUCUUUUUUAAUAUAAAUGAUAUUUAUUAAAGUUUCAAAGAAUACAAAAACAAAAAAUAAAAAUACAAGAAAAUACAGAAAAAAGAAUAAAGUUUUUAAGAUAUAACAAAAAAAUGAAAAAUAAAAGGAAACAUACAAAAUAAAAACAGUUAAAAACACGUCGUUAAUUUUCCAUAACAUAUCUUCCUUACACUUAUUUCCCCGGACCUCCUCAUACCUCCCUUUUUUGUAUUCCAGUUCAGUUUGUUAGUUCAGCAAAUCCUUACCAUUAAGCUUUUACCCAUUUAUAAAACCUUUUUUCGUAUCUCUUAAAGCAUUACAGCUGGAAACCACUUAGUUUCUAUCCAACAUCCUUCUAAAAUUCCUUAAUUUUACAAUAUUUCUGUAAAUAGUCUUUAAAUUUCUUCCAAUCUUCUUUCACCGACUCUUCUCCCUGGUCUCGGAUUCUGCCAGUCAUUUCUGCCAGUUCCAUAUAGUCCAUCAAGUACAGGUGAUAUUCUCAGAUGGAGUCAAAUGAAUUGCAUAUGGCAUUUCAACAUAUGAUCUAGCUCAGGGGUGGAAAACCUUUUCAGCCUGGCGGGCUAGUUCCUGAACUCCAUCAUCCCCAGCCACUCUGAUAUUGGUCACAUGACAUCAGCAUGGUGUCAGGUGACCCGUUUCCCCCUUUGCAAUGAGGCUUGAGUUCAAGUAUCACAAUAAAAGGUUAAAGAAUACUGCAUGAGAAGAUAUCUAAAUUGUGUUGCUGGUCUGUAUACAUGUAGCAUUAGCAUGUCAGGAACCUGUAGUUGAUGCUAUGCCAGUAUGGUAGGUAAAGCCUAGUGGUCAAAUUUUUAAAAUUACAUUGGCUACAUUGAACCCUUGUUGGGUAAGGGUUCUCCGCCUCCCCCUUUUUCCUUUCUUUUGCAUGCUCAGCAUUACUCUUAAACCAGGCAUUAGCUGGCUACGAAUGUGGCUUGGAGUCUCUCUUCCUACCCCUACCUCUCCAGCACAUUUAGGGUGAAGUGGGAGAGCUGUGGUUAGCAUCAUGAAUGAGAUUAGGAGGGAAGGGAAGAGCAUCGGUACAGGUAAAGAGAGUGAGGAAUGGGUGGCUUGCUGGGUUGCUUAAGCCCUUUUCCAGUAGGGAACACUUGAGUAGUCCAAGCAUUAUUAACAUUUACUUAAUGCCUCCCAACUGUGUGUGGCAAAACUUGUGAAGCUAGUAAGAGUGUAAAGAUCUAGGCAUGUAAAAAUUAGAGAUCUUCGUACUCUUUCUCUUAAUGCUUCAUACACUCAGCUGCCCAUGCUUCUCUUCAUUGCCAUAUUUAAGGAGAAGGUCUUAAAAUAGCUUUUAAUUAAUGCUUUUCAGACCUGCCUCUUAAUUGCUCUCCAGCAAGACUAUGGAAAGGCAGCACGAGCUUGUUUUGAACAUGAAAAACAGAGAUCCACUGGCACAUCAAUGAUGUAUCAGUAUUUCGUAUUUGCCUUUUUAUUUGGAUCCUUAUAUGAAGAGGAGGGGAUAUACAAGGGCUUUGCCCCAUUUUUGUAUACUUAAAAACACACAAUGCAUGUGGAAGAUGGCCUACGAGGUUUACUGCUUUCUAGAAGGAGAUUUGGCGGGGCGGGGGAGUCACGUUGCACAAGCAGAAAUCCUUGUGCUAAUGGGACUCAUUAAUUGAAUAUCGCCCACUGUGUGUGCAAAUUUGUUCUUCUUUUUAAUGAGGAGAGACAGCUGCCAGUUAUUUUGAGAUACCUAAAAACUUAUUGAGUGACGUUAUUUAUUAAAAUUACGUAUCUAAUUUCUGGUAGUUGGCAUUUUGCUAGCCAAACUCAUUAUUAGAACUUGAAUUCUCAUUAGACCAGUUAAAGAGGGACAUUCAGUGGUGACUAACCAGACCAUAGAACAAGUUUCCACUGGUGCAACAAGAUGUCCUCUCCUCUCUCCUGCCUACCCCCCAAUUUUUCACUGUAGGGUUUGGAAAACCUCCAGAGCAGAUUUAAGCAGAGAGUGAAGAAAUGAAGAAAGUCCCAUAAUGUGCCAUUGUCUGUCUCCCAAAGUAUUAUUUUCUUGCAUUUGCACACAAAUUUCAAAAAUGAUAUUUUGCUUCCUCCUACAGACAAUACCAAGAGGCAAAGCAUUACUGCUUCAGGCAAAGGUAAAAAAAAAAAAGUAAAUUACUUGAGCAUUAUUAUUAUACAGAUGGGGCGUCCUUUCCUUCAUGAUCUAGCCUGGCUGGACUUGGAGGGUGGCAUUGCUAAUAGUAAUUGUGGGGUGUGAAUGGAAACCUUUUAUCCUUCCCAGCCUGCAUUGCCAUUGAGGGUAUUGAGCUAUGUCCUAUAAACAAAUAAAUGCCAUAUUCUGUCCUGCGUAGAAGUUACCAUGUUUUUUGGUAAACCUGAGUGAGUUAGGCUAAUGUAUUCGUUUGCUUUUUCAUUGCAGGAGGAAUUCACAGGGUAUGAUUUUGAGAACAGAUUGCAUGUCCGCAUACAUGCAGCGUUAGCCUCUCUAAAAGAAGUGGUCCCCCAGUGAUGGGCAGGAUGCCUCAACUCUUUCUUCUCCCUGUUUCUGCACUCAGAGCAAAACUGUUAGGAGGACCAGCUUCUCUACUGAAAACAACCACCAGUGCCAGAGACACCUUUUCCACGACAUCUAGAGUUGGUGGCAGAAAAACAUUACCAUCUUCAAUGGUUAAGGGCAAAAUUAGCCAAAAAAUAUUAAGUGUCCUAGGGCCUAAUCCAGUAGCAAUUUCUCUUGCACAAGUCCUAAUUGAGUGAGUGGGAGCUAGAAGUUGCCUAACUCCUGGGAUAGAUAUGUGAAGGCCUGGGGCGAUGGGGACUGGAAAAUUGGGUUAGGUCGUGGAGAGGCAGUUGUUACUCAAUUAUUCCAGCCCCCACCUCCCACUUGUCUUCAUAUCUCUACUCUGGGAUUCUGUGGGGUUUGUGCUAGAGGACUUCUCCAGGUUUGGAAGCCUUUGCUUUUGAGGUGUGUCUUUUUUGUUUGUUCUUAGACAAGUGGAACAUAUUUAGCUUGUGAUUGUACAAAUGAGCCUACAAUAAGCACACUUUGACUUCUAUAACAACAUUGGCUCAGUUUCUGCAAAAAGCUUUUUUCUCUCAUUUUGGAUAGGUUUAUUUGUUCUUUUGAAGAGGGAUACCAACUGUUUGUUGAAACAGUACUGUGUAAUUAAUUGUUUGAAACUGUAAAUAGGCAGAAAUAAAUAUUAUUUUAUUCAGAGGCCAACAAAAACAGAGCAGGCCUGGAAAGAAUCAAGCCUGGCUCACUCACAGCACAGCAAACCUGCUCAUUUAAGUUAUAUUGAUCAUCCAAAUGCAUGUGUAACAGAGCCUACUCCUAUAUUUAUGUUAAAUUGUGUGAAGAUUUAGAAACUUCUAUUUUUCAGCCAAAUGUUUAUUUUUCAAAUCCUUAAUAAUUGUGUUACAGACAUUUUUUAUCUGUUUUAAAUGGUACUGUUGCCUAGUAGCUUUGCUGUUAACAAGGUGUUUACAAAUUAUCACUCAUAUGUUAAAUAUAAUGGGACUUGCCAUGUGGCAGUCCAGACCUAUGAUGUCACUUAUCUUUAUUCCAGUUUGUUUUAGUGUUUUAUUUUUAACAAGUAAGUGUUUUUUAAAAAAAUCAAAAACAACUCAAACACCAAUUUUUGGAAUAGCAGUUUUCCUAAAUACUUGGGAAUUGAGUAACUUUGUAGAACUGAAGUACCUUUUUCUUUCAAAGUGGUUAGAGCCUUACUUUCACUCCUGGUACCUAGCUAUAAACUUUUAUUCUGGCACACUCUGAAAAAUGCUUACAUUGUUUGUACUUUACCUGACUGACUGGCUCCAACACUUUCUUGGCAUAUGGAGAGUACAAAUUUUUUGGUCCUGAUUCAGACCUUGCCAUGCUUCUGGUGAACACGUGGAGAUAAAUAUAAGCAGGGGGCUCCACAUUUCACCUCCAGCUCUCGCUGAUACUCCGUGUGGUGCAGUGCAUAUAGAGCAUUCCCCAACCUGCAUAGGCCUGCUCCCCAAACUGCCAAGUAUUGACUGGAGCUGUGGGUCAGAUUGCCCUACUCUCCCUUUGGCCAGUAAAAAGCACUUCACGACAGCUGAACCUGCUGCCUUCUAAAAAGAGAAGUUGAAUGUUUAAGAGAUGUAACUACACCUUUACUUUUUAGUAACACUAUAUGCUGUGAAUAUUUCUUUAUUAUUAUUUAUUUAUUGCUUUGGAGGAGUCCCAUUUCUCAAUGGAUUGACAGCUUAUCUGCUUUGGUUUCAUUUUGUAGACAUGGGAUGUUUGCUCUUUUGUUUGCUUUAAAUGGCAGGAUUUGCCAUUCUGUUUCUCGGCUUGGAGAUUAAAAAAAAAACAAAAACCUGUUGGGAUCCUUGCAGUACUUUCCUUGGAAGGGCAAGGGGAUUGGGAAAUUAGCAGCGCUCAAGCAACAAACUGCAGUUGCCUUACAACAAGAUUGUUUCACCCUUGGUGGUCAUAGAGAAUCAAUGGGUAUCAAACACAGUAGCAGCAUCCUCAUCCCUGCAUGGUCAUGGGAUUGGAGGAUAAGCUAUCAGUGUUGAGCUCAUGAAACAGGAGCAGCCAUCCUACAGCUACAAAAUUUAACAAAACUUAAAACACAUAGUGGGUUGGGAGCUAUAUGCCUAUGUGAAAGCAUUUUUGACCCCUGAUUGCUUAUGAAUCUCUCUCUCUCACACACAAUUUUUCUGCUAGGUUUUUUUAAAAUUGGUGUAAGCACUUUACCUUAUCUGCAGUUUUUCUUUAGACACGAAUUAGUAAAUUAAACUAGCUCAGCAUCUUAGACUCUUGUAGAAGUUAACUGUUUUAAGUACACCUGUGCCAGCUUACAUGACUUGAGGAUUACACACCAAUAAAUGCCUGAGCAAAGCUAUUAAAGUUAGAAGACUUUUGCAUUGGCAUGAUGGGUUCAUAGGAGGGGCUCCUCACAAGUGUCUAGAUGAUAAAUAAAACAGUAGUGACCUGAUCAUGGGCCUAUUGCUGUCGCCAGGUCUGUUUUGAGAUGUGCUAAUCCUGCAAGCAAAGUAAUCUCGCCUUGUAUGUUGACAGCGGCUCAGUGCCAUCCAUGUAUUUCCCCCACUCCCACCCCUCUUGUGCACACAUAGAAGAAACCUCUAUCUUGUAAAUGUCAAAGGUAUUUUUAUAUUAGAUUAUGCCUGUGAUGAGAAUAAUCUCAGCUGUAUUUUAUGUAAUUGGAAUAAGUUUUUAUACUUUAUAGCUCGGAGGCAUGGUCUAAUAGCAAUAACAGAGUAAGCAUCUCAUUGGUUAUAUAUAUAUAUAUAUAUAUAUAUAUAUAUAUAUAUAUAUUAUUAAGAAUUUACCAGGUCUGGUAUAUUUUUGUUGUUGUUGAUACCUUAUUGCAUUAUGACGUCCUUCAAGUGAAUAACUUGAAUUUUUACAUGUCACUUUAGAUUGUUUACUUUGGUGUGCUAUAAAUGUCUUUAAUUUACAGAACUUGUACUUUAAAAAAUAUUUCUGCUGAGUAAAAUUAAGAACAAGAUUUGAGGGUUUUCCCUUCUUUGUAAUUACCCUUCAGUUAAGUAGCCUUCUAGUGAUAAAUAUGCAUAGUUUUUCAAGGAUACCUGGAUGUUUAUCAAAGUGAAUGGUGUAACUUAUGGCCAAAUUUGAUGUGGUGCAGGAGACAUGUGGAGGGUUUCCCAAUAGUUUUUGUUUAAUGCAGUUGCAAGAGCAUUAAUUUGAUCAGAGUUGGAAGGAGGGUGGUGCUUAAUCAAUACACACAAGCACUUGGGAGAAUAAAUACUAGGGCUUGUUACCUUUUUCCAUUCUGGGCAGAAGGAAUUUUGAUGAGAGAAAGGAUUAAAUUCCCCUUCUGCUCUAUUCAAAUUAGGGUCAUAUCUAGGCUGGGUCUUUAGGCCUAGUUCUCCUCUGAGGUGGUAGACCUGUGCUUGGCUUCUUUCAAGAAAGUCUGCGGAAGUGGGCUCACAGGAUUAAAUGUUCCUCUGUAUUUAACAACCACAACACCUCCACCUAGAAGACUAGCUUCUCAGGAAAAGAAGUUUCUAACCUAGAAUCCUUCUUCCUAACACCUAGUUUUCUGUGUACAGCUCAGAUUGGUUUAUCACAGUGAGAACAAAGGCUGAAAUGUUCUGGGUUGCCGCCGGAACCUGAAUGUUUGUUCUUCAUGUUUUAGUUUCUCCAGGUUUUGCAGAUUGAGUACUUCUACCAUAUUCAGCUCAGAACUGAUUCAUACUUGCAUAGAAAUAUCAGCAUACAGAAUACAUGUGCAGAUGUUGGUUGAAUGGUGAGCAUGCACUUAAAAUUGCUGGUUUUCCCUAAAUAUACCUGGUUACAAGGGUGUGUGAUUCUUUCCUUUUAGUUUCCCCUGUGUCUACUGUAGGGAAACCCAGCUGUUUUAAUAGUACUCAUGCCACUCAGUUGAUGCACUGCCCAUGUCUUGUGUAAGCAUAAUUCAACCUAUGAACUGGGUCUCAGUUGUGGCUUAGACAACAGUAUUCCAUGUGUGCUGCAAAGACAUGUUUCCCAUGCAAAAUCUGUACUUGUUUACCAUUUUAAAAAAAUGUUUUCCUUAAAAGAUGUAUUCACUCCCCCCCCCCCCCCGGAGCCAAACACUUUAUGUUCUGCCACUAAACUUUCAAUGCUUGUUUCUUAUAUUUACCACAUUGGUUCUUAAAUAAAAUCUGUAGAACAUUUUCCUGACUUGACCUCUGUUUUUUAAAUGCCAUCCUGUUGUAUUCCCUCAGCACCUGCAUAGAUUACAUCACUGGCUUAGCCUGGAGGGUUGCUUGAUCAAACAAAUGUGAAAGGGACAAUUGUUGCACAGCAAAUAACAGCAGAGUUAAUGGAAUAGAGGAGCAAUUAGUUAAAUUGAACAAAAUGUGGAAAUCAAAAGAAAAUUUAUAUUGAGUUAAUUUUUUUGGCUAGCCUAGCUGAGAGAAAAUGGAGUGUCCUGGGCUUAUAAUAUGAUACAAUAAUAUUUAUCAAUGAAAUUGUACAAUUUCACAUCUCUCACAUGUGAACCAUUGCAUUGGAAACUGGUUCCCUUCUUUUUCUAUUGGAGUGCCAAGACUGCUACAAUUAGACUGGAAGUUUUGGAGCAUAAGUCACACUCACAAUAAUUCAUGCGGCAUAACUUGGAUAAAUUUUACAUGGUAUGAACUGGGUAUGAUUUACAUUUGGAAGGGAUUUUCCUCUAGAUUAAGUUGCCUGGAGGCCUUGGAGUUUGUUUUGUGAGCUGAAUUGUGCCACAGGUUGAUCUGCGUUGUGCCAAGUGGGUGAAUGGUCUUUGUGUGCUGGGUUAAGUUUAGAUGGCCUUCGAUCUCUUCCAGUGUAAUGGUUGCAUAAAAUCCAUUAGACUAUGCACAAUGUUCGCUACUUCAGUUUGAGAAUUUUUCAAAAAUCACUUUGUUUAGGUAUUCAUCAUCUUUGUUUAGGUGGUCAUCUCAGUUGUAUACGGUUUAAUCUGUAGUACAGACCUGCAUAUAGUUCUGUGCUUUCAAGCCUUAGCUCAAACAUAAGAUAGGGAAAUGCCUGAAUAGAUCCCAGCAUUUUGAAAACAUUAGCAUUAAAAAAAGGAAACAAAAUACACUUGUAUUAAUUACCUGAGUGUUUGAAUAAUUCCAGAUCUGCAAAGUUCUACUUCUGCUUUCCAUGCAUAUGCAGGCUUUGAAAACCUUUUAUCUGCCUAUACUCAAUUGCUUACUCACUUGACUACUAGCUUUGCCAAGAGUCCACCUGCAUUCAUUCCCACACUUGUCUUUUACAUUCCCCUAAAGUCCUGAGUUACAGAGAAUUGGUCCACAAUGUUCAAAAUCAGAAAAUACAUGACAACAAAAACCAGAACACUGUGAAGCCUCAAAAGCUUACAUGAACUCCCCAGUGGAGAUCUGUGCCUGCUGUGUUUCAGGAUCUCUUCACAUACAUUAUUUUCAGGUGCACACAGAAGUCAUUGUAGCAAAUAAAUGUUCGGAAAGCACAUGCAUCAUAUAGCUAUACUCACAGAAGCGGAUGCCAACAGUACCCUGUUGACUUGCAUGCAACUCGUUAAUUUGUUAUCACAGAGCCUAGGACUUGCUGAUCAGAAGGUCGGCGGUUCAAAUCCCCGCAACAAGGGGUGAGCUCCCGUUGCUCGGUCCCUGCUCCUGCCAACCUAGCAGUUCGAAAGCACGUCAAGUGCAAGUAGAUAAAUAGGUACCUCUCUGGCGGGAAGGUCAACGGUGUUUCCAUGUGCAGCUCUGGUUUGCCAGAAGCGGCUUAGUCAUGCUGGCCACAUGGCCCGGAAGCUGUAUGCUGGCUCCCUUGGCCAAUAAAAGCGAGAUGAGCGCCGCAACCCCAGAGUCGGCCACAACUGGACCUAAUGGUCCGGGGUCCCUUUACCUUUACCUAUGGCCCUUGGAAGGCGCUCAAGCAGUGAAAUUAUACAGAUUUAAGGGAGCUAGGGGAGAACUUAAUGCUGAAUAGCUGAGCUUUUCAGUGCUAUAUAGCAUUUCUUGACACAUUGCAAGUGGAUUUGAAAAGUCAAACAUUUAAGAGACAUGUCUCUUGUACUCAUUUUCGCAUGCCUCGUGUAUGUUGUCAAUUUGUACGUAUGCAGGCAUCCAUUUUGUUGCUGCUUAUUUAUAAAGCACCUCCAAAAUACUGGAGAGAGGUAUGUGUCUUCAUGAGUGUGCAAUCUAACGUUUGACAGCAGUAUGAAGAUACAUUUUAUAAGGGUGGGAGAAGCAUGUGUUACAGAUUGUAAACAAUAUUUUCAGAAAAACAAUUUUUAAAAAACAGGUAAACGAGCGCAGCCAGGUCAGUUUCACCUGGAAAUGCAAACAGGGAGGGGCAUAUUAAUUCUCUACACUAGAUAACUCGUCACGUGUGGAGCUACUGGCGGGUUUUUUAUUGUAAUAAUGACACGCGUUUAUGUAACGGCCGUGUAAUAACUGCAGCUGGACCCCUGACGCCCUAACCCCCUUCGCGCCUGUUUCAGGGAGGCGCGCGCUCACCCCGAGUUGGCCGCGCUGAGGGGCUUCGCGCGUAUAUCUAGAGUAGGCCUGGCGAACGUCAGGGCCGUCCUCCCCGCCCUUUCCUUAGCGCUGGUCUAACUCGGCCUUUGUGACCUCACAAAUGCGUGCGCUCUAGCCCCGCCCACCAGGAGCAUCUCGAUAUAAAAGGUCCGCCGGUCUUCUUCGCCGCUCCAGAGGAGGCUCCGGCAAGGGGCGAGGCGGGAGCUUUGGCGCAGCCGACUAGCGAAGUAUUUUUUAAAGAAAGGUCGGGCAGCUUUCGAGCCAGCGGCGGUUUGGCGAGCGAGGGAGCCACCUUGUGGCUGAUGAGGAGAACGAGCGGGUUGGAUGGGGAGCAAACAAGGAGCCGAGCGAGGGGCGGCUUCCUGCGUGCAGGGCCGCGAAGCUGGGCGAGGGGCGUGCAGGGAAGGGCGUCGGAGUCCGGGCCCGAGGUCUCGGGAGCGGCGCCCUACUACGGCUGGAUGCUUUAUUUCAGUUGUGGUUACCCUCCCCACAGGGAAGACUCCCAGCACAUUUCUCUGCUAUUUGUGUCUUCUUAUGGCAUAAACUUCGUGGACCACUUUGUCCACUUCAUCAGAUUCAUAUAUGUGUGUGUGUGUUUGUGUGUGUGUGUGUGUGUAGACACACACACACACACACACACAUAUUUAGGUCUGAGUAGAAAUAUAGCUGGAAAUACAAUGCAGGUGUGGUGAUAAGGAUGUACUUAACUGAAGUUCGUGAAUGUGCAUAAUUAAUACUUUCUGCAUUUUAUUUCCCUUGCUGACCUCACUUUUUACACCCCCAUCCCCCCCAAAAUUCCCAUAUGUAUUCUGUAACUCAGUAUAACACUCCAUGCACAUGAUAGAAGCUGAUUCACUAUUAAAUUUGUUAAUCUGUAAGGCAUUAUAAGAGUCCCUGGACAUCUUCCACCUGUUGCUAUUUACAGGUGUGAUUCAAGUGCAUACUUGCAAAUUCAGGUGGUGCUUUUUGUGAUUCGGAGAGUGAUGGGAAAAUACCUUGGAAAGUGAGGUGUGUAACCCUUCGCACAAAUGUGCAAACAAAUCAAUAGGAAUGCUCAGUAAACAGGUUUGGAAGCAACUUCUGUUGUUUUUGCUGCAGAAGUCGAACACCUCUUGAAAUGCUAUCUUGUAUUGAUUUUUGUUAGCUGCCUUGGGAGGGUUUACCCUAAUAGGCAGAAUAUAAAUGCACAAAAUGACAUCAUUCUACAGCUACCCUUGGGGGUGCAAGUAGUUAGCAGUGUGAACUGAGCAAAGAGGGAGGUGUGGAUUGCAGCCUAACAUGGCUUCCCCUCCAAAAAUUCCCAUAAGAAGUCUACACAUGCUAAACUUCCUCAUUACUGUCCACUAGAGGCCCUAAAAAUCACUGUGAGUGAAACCUUCCAUGUGGCUUGUGGGUAGAAAGUAGUUGUGUAGAUUGUAGAAAACACCAGUGUCUCUUUUCAUCCAGUUUCCUUUCUUUACAGUUGUGAAAUUGCAGUAUUGUCUUCAAGUGGCAACAAUGCAUACCACAAAGCCCAGGAUGGUGGUUCCUUAUGGCCUCAAGACUCUACUUGAGGGAGUGAGCAGAGCAGUUCUGAAAGCCAGUCCCUCUAACAUUACUGAAUUUGCUGCUGUGUAUUUCAGGGAACUGAUACUUUUCCGAGAAGGUUUGCUUUUCUUCUUUUUUAAGUUAUAGAGCAAUUCAGUGACAUUUUGGACUAACAGUACUGCCGCAAUGGCUCCAAUUUAUAAAUUGUCAGCAAACCACCCCCUCAAGCCUUUGUAAAAUCUGAUACCCUGAAUUAAAAUUAAUUGGCUUUUCCCACCUUUUCUUUCCAGACCACCCUAAUUUAGACAUUAAAGACCUGGUGAGAGAGUUUCAUAUGACUAGAGGUAAGACAUGAGCAGCAAAGCAAUAGUUCUUGGGGCAAGAACUAGCACAGGCAGAUGCAUGCCAUACAUUUAAAGCACAGCCAACACACAGUUAAAGGACAUGACUUCCCCCAAAGCAUCCUGGGAGUGGUAGUUUGUUAAGGGUCCUGGGAAUUGUAGGUUGGGGGGACUACAGUUCCUGAAAUUCUUUGGGGAAAGCAGUCUGCUUUAAGUGUGCAUUGAAUGCACUUUAUGGUGUGGAUCAUUCCUGCCUUCCCUCCCUCUUUUUAAAAGAAAUACACUGCAGCCACUGAGGGUGCUAUUUGAAGUGGAAACUUGGCAUGGGGGAAAAGGGGCUCGCCUCCUCAUCCCAUUUUCCAACAGAAACUCGCCCCAUACCAGAAAAUGCAGCUUGGGAAGGGUGCUUUUCACCCUGGAAAAUUAAAUAUCACCAGGAAAAUUAAAUAAGAAACCCUACUUUCUUAAGUGUUACUGAAUUAAAUACGAAAAGUGCCAAAUCAAGCAAAAAAUUGAUUGUUAACCUUUUAAUUGCAGUAAAGAUUGUCCUUCCUUGUAUUGGGAGGAAAUCAGCAAUCUUGUGUUUUAGCACAUGUGUUUUUAAAUCACUAGGAAUUGUAUGUAUGAAUAAACUUUAGACAGUAUAUAGAAUAUAUUGACAGGCAUUGUGCAAACUGUAUUUCUUUUUAAAUGGUAGCCUGCAGUUUUUGUAUUAGAAUCAUCAUUUUGGGUUAAAAAGACUUGAUAUCUCUGUUUAAAGACUAUUGAACCGUAUUGUUAGUAGCAGGAGUAACAGUUGUUGUUAUCAAUUGUAGCAAUAGAAACCCCUUUUCUGCCACAUCAGUCUUCCACUUAUAUCAUAGCCUGAGUCCUGGAAUCUCAUGCCUUUUAAAAUAUGCUACACAGCAGAGCCGUUGCUAUUUGGGGGGGGGGGGACCUAGCCAGUUUCCCCCCCCCUGGGUGAAGCCUUCAGAGGGGCACCAUUGAGGUUUCCAGCCUCUGUGUGUGUACACAAAUGCACAUGGUGUGUGUGUGUGUGUGUGUGUGUGUGUGCGCGCCAAACUGGGUGUUUGACCUGGGUGAAAUAAAGCCUCGUUUCGCCCUUGUAAACAGGAUCACAGAACUACUGCAAUGUGUUAUUUUGUCUCCCUCAAAAAGGGAUUAUAACUGAGGCAGCUAAAUUGGAUUUAGAUAGAUCCCCUGUUAAAUGGCAAUUUGAAGAGACACUGUUUGGGUCAGCAGUCAGGGACGGUGGAAGUUGUGGCCUUCCAGAGGUUGUUUUGAUACAACCCCCACCAGCCUCAGACAGCAUGGCCAACAGUCAAGGAUGGUGGAAGUUCUAGCCCAGCAACAUUGGAAGGCCCCACAAAGUUGACUUGUAUUUUUGUGGAAAAUAUGCAACAAAUAAGUAGCUGCAGGUUGGGGAAGUUUAUUCAUGCAGUCACAAAAUACCCUGUCCCCAAAUAUGUCCCUGAUCUAUGUUUUAAGGCAGAGGUGGCCGGAAGGUAGAUCUCUUGAGUGAUUCACAGCAGAUCCAUGAGGAUUCUGAUGCCCAGUUGUUUAACAAUAGCAACAACGAAAAGGUCUCCCCUGCUUUCUAAAUUAGGCUGCUGAGUGGAUGCGAGAGGAAAACAAGGAGUGAAUAGUGCACAUGCAACUUGCCAAAUGGACAUGUGGCCACAGGGGGGCAGCCUCCUCAUAGUGGCUAUUUAGGGUUAUUCGGACUUGAGAUCAGGUCAGGUCCAUAAGGCCCAUGACCACUAUUUGGUAAUAGUCCAGAAGCAGAUGAAUUGUUUGAAGUAGAAAGGAUCCACUUAUGAUUUGUAGGAACCUGGGGUUUAUAGAAAGUGGUGCUCAGCAGACACCUUCCAUAAAGAACACAGCUGCCUAAUACUGAAUCAGGCCAGUAUCUACCUCAGUAUUGUUGAUACUUGACUAGUACUGUAGUAGCAACUUCCCAGGGUUUUGAAUAGAGGUCUUUCCCAGUCCUGCCUGGACUGGAGCAAACAGCGGACCUUGUAUAUGUAUUUGUUCAUAAAAAAACACUUGCAUAUGAAAAUUAAAUAAAAAAUAGCAAAGUGGUUUGCAACAAUUACAUCUGUACAAUUGAAACCACAUUAAAAAUAAAAAUCACAGAUCAUGAGCUAUUACAGGAAGAGGUUUUAAAAAACACUUGCUCUGUCACUGAGCUGUAACCCCUCUCCAAAGGAAAUAAGUGGUUUUAUGGAAAGGGAUUAAUGUUGUCUAGGUCAUUAUGACAUUUACUGUUCAGCAUUUAAAGUAUAAAGUGAAAGUAUUUAAAAAAUCGAGUCUUUGGGGAAUUGCAGAAAACCGGCUCCUAUUGUGCAGCCUUGAAAUGACAAAUGGACACUAUCUGACAGUUGAAUGUAUGGAACAACCUCAACAUUUCACAAGCUCCAUGUUAGCCAUUCAUUGAGUCUCCCAGCAAUUAAUAAAUAAGUGUUAAGCUUUUCAAACUGGACUUGGAAGUUGGUGGUUUUAAGCAACUGCAAGUUGGUGGCUUAGAGAGAAAGAGAGAGAGAAAGCGCUUUGAGGAGAAAGCUGUUUAACCUUGUUUCCUGUUCACCCUGCAGUGGAAGGAUGGGCAGAAGGGACAGCAGGAGCGGCACAGGUGCCCCGCAAAAGGGCUGACGUGGGAGAUGCAUAUAGGCCAGAGGUGGACACGACGGCUCCGAUGAGUGACGAACCGAAACGGAAGGAGAAAUCGACUGACACAGAAGAGGACCAGAUAAGUGAAGAACCACGCCGUGAACAGUGCACCAAGACAACCCAGUACCCAUCGACCGUGGACGAGUUUGUAGACAGGGCUGGGGACGAAAAGGGAGCUGGGCUCGCCUACGUCCCGGCCGAUCCAGCCCAGCUGGCAUCCCAGAUGCUAGGUAAAGUUGAACCUGUUUCUUCCGAAGCUGAACUGAAGGAUGUGGCGGUCUCAGUGCAGACGCUCCCUACCUCAUCCCAAAGUGUAGAGAAUCUUGCUGCUUCAGUCACAGAGGCCCCGCCACCCUCACCCGCACCGGAACCUGCCCCUGCCCCAUCGGAAGUAGCGCCUGCCCCUGCAGAAGAGGAACCGCCUGCCCCCGCAGAACCGGAACCUGCCCCCGCAGAACCGGAACCUGCCCCCGCGGAACCGGAACCUGCCCCCGCGGAACCGGAACCUGCCCCCGCAGAACCAGAGCCUGCCCCCGCGGAAGCAGAGCCCGCUGCGCCUGCAGAAGCAGAAGCAGAGCCUGCUGCCCCUGCAGAAGCAGAAGCAGAACCUGCUACCCCUGCAGCUUCUGUACACUCUCUCAGGGCUGGGUCCGCCACUCAAAGUCACACCUCUGCUCCUGGGGAGGUAGUUACCUCAGGCAGUCAGGCUGAGCAGCCACCUGCCGACUUAGCAGAUCCAGAUUCCUCAGACCCCUUGCUGGAAGAACAGCCGCCCCCGCCACCACCACCACCUCCUCCUCCUGAUAAAGACCCAUUGCGGGCUGAAUCUUGUUCAAGUGAAAUUGAGCUCACAUCAGACAUACAGCUCACCCCCAUGUGUGAUGAUGAUCCCAAUGCUGGUGGAGAGCCCCAACCACCACCGUAUGUAGAGCAGUUUCCGCAGCAGAUAGUAAUUCCUUUCGUAGACACUGUAGCAUGUCUCUUUAAUCCGCUGAUGGCUUCGCAGAAUGCAGGUCAGUUUGCUAGUAUUCUAGAUCCAUCUGCAGAUGAUGCAGAAUGUGACCCUGACAGGAUGGAUACUGCAGAGGAACUGAGUUCAGCUGAUCCAGGUUUUAUUAUGUCAGGUAAGAAAGUCAAGAUAUUUCUGAAAGCUGCCUAUUCCAUGUUGUAGUGAUAUUAUUGCUCCAUAAUCAACAGAUGGCUCCAUCUCCUCAAAUGCACUUGUGCCCAUAGCUCAGCUGAGACUGAGGUCACACCCACACUGUACAUUAAAAGCACAUGGCUCCCCCAACAAAGCAUACUGGGAACUGCAGUUUACCUCUCACAGAGCCCCCAGCACCCUUAAACUACAAUUCCCAGGACUUUGUGGAGGAAGCCAUGUGCUUUAAAUGAAUGGUGUGGUUGUGACCCCAAAGGCCUUGUGCUGGUACAGUGCCUUGAUGACUGGAGCUUUAAUUAUUUAAAUGCAAGUAUCUAUGGCAGUGCAAUGUUGAGAUAAGUGAUUGGUCACUUUUGCUUUUAGGGAGUUACAGAGCCCACAGCACCUAACUGGAAUGUGCAUGUCUGGAAUUUUUGCCUCUGUUUUUUUCCAGGUGCAUGGUUGAUUGUGAGUAGGCCCCAAAACGUACCUUGCAUGAAUGCCAGCUGCCCCAAUUUUCUGCUCAAGUCUUGUAUCAUUUCCUACAAGCAGACUGGGCAGGAGCAGGAUAACAUUCAGCGGGGAGUUAGGCCAAUGCCUUUUGGCCCUUCUUUAAACCAUGAUUAGCCCCUCUCACAAUAGACUAUGCAUCUUGAAUCAAAAUUACACACAUGCUCACAGCGGUUAACAGAAAGUGAUGUGGGUGACCGUGGCUUCAGGUUGUGUUUUUUAAAAAACGAACUAGUAUUCAGAUGCUCAGCCAUGGCACUGCUUAGGUUUUUGCAUUUAAAAGAAAUGGUGGUGGUUGCCUGGGCUGUCCCAUUAGGUCUGGUCUUCUCCAGAUUGUUGACAGAGAGGGGACUAAUCGCUUCUUGCUGAGAACUGCAGAUCUUGCUGCAGCUGGAGGAUUCGCUUCCCAUGGCGACACUGUUUCCUCUCAUUCUCUGCUCUCCCUCCGUGAGAAGUGUGUAGCCCACUCCUGUUCUCGAGCUGGAGAAGCUCUCCUAGCACCUUUCCCAUGGCCUUGGUGUGCCCUGUGAUGGCGCACUAUUCCCUAGAGUCACUUCCCAUUAGAGAGGUAUAGGUAGGUAAGGUCUGGAAGCAUCUUACAGAAGAGAGAAUGCCGAAGGGGACAGGGGUUAGAGGAACACAAAGGGUUGGCAUGGCUGGACAGGACUUGUGGUCGAGGAGACACUUUCAACCCAUUAUCUUUGGGUCACCCAUACGGAAACAGUAUCCUUACAACCAACAGAAGUACCUAAUGACAAAAAUUGCCCCCCAAAGUUGUGAAUCUGAUACUUUGGAUUUAUUUCGAAAAUUAUGAGAACCGGUUCUUCUGCUGUUCUCCAUUUCAGCCAUGCCAAGGUCCUCCCUUUUGCCUUCAGGGAUUCUCUCCUCUCUGUAACAUCCUUUCUCUGUGGCAUAAAGUUGUGGGUAAGGCUAUGCAAUGUGACUGCAGUUCGUACAUCCUACUAGAUGGUCUUUCAUGCCAGCAAAUUUUCUUUAAAUUUUUAUUUUAUAGCCAUGGCAACAAGCGAACCAGGACAACCACCACCAUAUUCUAAUGUGUGGACUCUCUAUUGUCUAACUGAUAUGCAUCAACAAGGUCGCAAGUCACCACCACCUCCACCACCCCUUCCACCUGUUGGAACUGGUGCUCCUGUUCCCCAGGCAACCCUAUUCAUAUCUAGUGGUAAGGACCAGCCGCAGUAUCUACAGCCGCAGAUGCUACAACAAGGCCAACCACCACAAGUGUCCUCUCCAACUUAUGUGAUGAUGGAAGAAGGGAAGAAGGGAAAUGCACCACCUUUCAUUUUAGUGGGCUCUUCUGUUCAGAAUAAACAGGACUGGAAACCCAUCCCUGGCCAUGCUGUCCUUGCACAGCAGGAUACUGGCGGGACUGUGAGGAGGUUCGCUACAAUACCCGUACCAGUUGCCAGGGCAGCAGAUCCGAAAAUGGCCAAUCCCAAUUUUAACUCCACACAGGAUAGCGGCAGGCCUCCAACUCCAGUUUUUCUUUCAGUUGCCAUACCACUGGAAGAUGUGAUGAAUGGGAAGAAGGGCUCAGGAGCUGGGGAUAAAGCACCCUUUGCAGGCAGCUAUGGUAUAGCAGGAGAGAUCACAUUUACUACUGCCUCUGUGCGCAGGACAGAAUAGCAAAAGGGUAAGUAGAUCAGUUCACUUUGUUUAUUUUUUUAAUGGUUGGUUGGUUGGUUGGUUGUAGAGAUGUGUUCUGUAGUGGGCUACAUUUCUAAUAUGCUGCAGCCAUUCUGGGAUCAGAAAGUUUUCUUCCAAGGUUGCAAACCGGCGGGGUGUGUGUGUGUGUGUGUGUGUGUGUGUGUCCCUAACCCCAAAUUUAUUUUAUGCAUUUCCCUCUAGAGAAGAAGCUGUACCAUUUUCAUAUUGGGAACAGUGAAAAAUAAAUAGUAGACAAGUAGUUUAUUUUUUAAGGGUUGUGAGCUGCUGAAAACGGGACACUAAAAUAAUGUUGGAAUUCUCUGCACACACCUCAGUUGGCAAUGACCAUAAGCUUUCAACUUGGAACUCAAAUCCUACUGAUUUCAGUGGAAUGUAUUCCCAGGUGAUGGCUCUGAUGCAAAAGUUUGUGCUUAGCUUCUGUUUUUUUAUGAAACUUAAAUUCUGUUCUUUGACUGUUUGGCAGAAAAGUUAAAAGUUUGGAAAUUGAAUACCCUCCACCUUGCCCCGCAAUUCAUUGGUAGGACUUUUGUAUUCAGAAAAGGAUUUGAUGCAGGUGUAAAGAAACCUUUGGCCCUCCAGAUGUUGCUGAACUACAACUCCCACCAGCCUCAGCAAGCAUGGCCAGGGAUGAUGGGACUUGUAGUGCAUGGAGAGAGUGGCUUAGUGCGUAGGAGAGGGUAAUGGCACAUGGAGCGCUGUGUUGUGCAUAUGUCUUCCCUGCCCAGUUAUGCACCUGAGACCCUGUUUCCAAGGACAUAGUGCUCUGAGCUGUAUGAGGGUGCUGAUGCCAUUUACAUCUUAAUUGGUUUGGUGAGUGUGUCCCUUUUUCAGAGAUGCAGUGGCAAAUCAAGUGUUGUUCAUAGAAGGUUUAAAAAAUACUCAACAAAUGAAUGAAGGGAUAUUGCUGAUUUCCUUUGGAAUGUGAAUUUGGCCAGUUUCUGAGAAACGGGUUUGAAGCUUGUGAGCCCCCUCACUGAAUCUGUUGUCAUUUGCUUUCUUUUUCCUUCAUGUGCAUUGUUCGUUAUUGGAGACUAAGUUUGGGUUAGAAAUUUGAUGAAGGUCCACAGAAUACUUACUGCAAGUUUUCUACAUUGCAGAAUUAAUGAAGAGCUAUCUUUAAAAUAGAGGGUGGCAUUCAACUAAGUUUUACUCAGAGCAGAUCCUUUGAAAUUAAUGAACAUCACUAAAUUGGGCCCAUUCAUUUGAAUAAAUCUGAGUAAAACUUAGUUGAACGCCACUCAGAGUUAUUUUCCAGCUGCUAUUGCAUGUGAAAGAUAAAAGUAGUUUUGUUCUGGUUUUUGUUGUUGUUGAACUGAAAGUAUGGAAUAGGUUGUGGGUUUUCUAGAGAUUUGCUGAGACAUGCAGAUCAGUUCCAUUCUUUUUUCAACAAUCCAUGAAAUGCUGUCUUUGUUACUUCUGAAAAUCUUACCCGGUUUGCCUUUGCUUUGAUGCUUUAGAACUGCUGCUCUGUAUUAAGGGUGACAACCAACAAUGUCAGCCUGCUUGUGGAACAGAUGUCCAGUUCUGACACAGGCCUUACCCAUCCACUCGCACCCCUACUCCUCACAUGACGUUGGAUGUUGUCUAGUGUAUUGUUUAAAAGAACGCAUGUCAUGGUGUUGAGGGCCAAUUACUCAGUGUAUCAGGGUGUAUGAGAAUAGCCAAACAGGGAGGGGGAGAUAGUAGACUUAAAUAAAAUCGGGGAUGAUCUGGGGUUUGUCAAAGUGCUGGUGUUGUAAAAUUCCAGUGAUUAGGAAACAGUAGAUCAGUUCCUACAAACUUGGUGUAAAUGGGUCAAAUGCAACUUUGUUGGCAGCAGAUGAGGCCAGCUUAAGCCACAAGGAGCUCAAGAGGUGCUGAUGGCUUGGUGGUGUCAUUCUAGCCUGGUGGGCCUCAUAAUGCAGAUGUCUUCUUGUACUUAAAACAGCUCUGCAAUAGUUACAGUUCUCAUCUUCAUGAGCUGACCAAGUAGUUAAAGAUAGCAUAGCCUACAAUGGGUGGGUGGAAUUCGGUCCUAUCGAAAAAUUAAACCAUGAAUAGAUGUGACCUGCAAAGAUGGGCAUAAAGUAAACAUACUUUUGGGAGUAGUUCCCAAUAACAUAGGUCACAAACACACUAGACAUUUAAAGCACAUGAUCUCCCCAAAGAAUCUGGAGAACUGUAGACUUCCAAUUCCCAACACCCUUAACAAACUACAGUUCCCAAGGUUCUCUUGGGGAAGCCAUGUGGUUUAAAUCUGCCUUACAUGUACUUUCCAUAUAUAGCGUGGAUGUGAUGAGAGCUGACAGUUGCAUCAGUACAAGGCAGAAAGCCAGGUCAGAAUUAAAAAUAUAGCAGGUAAAAUAUUUGUAAAAGUGUGCAGUGGUGGCAGCUUUCUGCUAAGGAGAAUUUUACAUUUGGAAGGGUGAGGCUAGACCACAUGACUUGCAGGCAGAAUGUCCACAGUUCAUUCCGUGGCAUCUCUAGCUUGGGUUGUCUAAGAAACCCUGGCAAGCUCCUGACAGUGCAGACAAGGUUGGCAGGGGGCAUGCGUAGGUUGGGCUCUACUGGUAGAUCUGCAGUUGUUUGACAAUGGGAACAACAAAAUUCAUCUCCCUGAUGAAAUUAGGAAAAGCCGAGGGGAGGAGGGGGACAGGGUCUCUAGGAGUGGGUUUUUGUGUAGGACAGCAAUUCCAUGCCGGAGCUUGGAAUUUCAUAAUUCAAUGCCUAUUUUCUCAUGUUCUUCACAUACAGAUGUGUGUCAGGUGCAGGCAGGGCUAAAAGCAUGGUUCUCUUCCGCAGCCAUCACAAUUAUGUCCCACCUGCAAGUAACACGUGAACAGGGUUAAGGCAUCUAUUAAAACACCAUGUAGCUCCUACAGACUUGAUGCAUUUCCACCUUCGGUGUAGACUGUAUCAGUUAGCUGCACCAAAAUUAUACAUAAACAUCCAUUUCCUUUAAUGUAGUAGUUGGAGGUGAAGGACAAAUUUCAGGCUCACAGCCUGGCUAAAAGCUUGGAUGGGGUGGGGGUGGACAACACAAAAGUAGAUAGUGGUACACAUUAAUGUUUUACUUGUAUUCAUUAAGGCUCUAUAAAUGAUGGUGAUAAUGAUCAUUACUUCUGUUUCUUGCACAGGCUCUGCAGUAAUGAUAGGCCAGCUUAGAGGGGAACUAUUUCUGGGGUUGCCAGAGCACAGCAUCCUCCUCCUGCCUUUUCCUCUGUUCUCCACCUCUUUUUUCCAUCCUUCCUUCCAUCUCUCAUCCCCCUUCCCCGCACUGCUUUCCCACUGUGUUCUCAGGUCCUCCAACCAAAAAAAUUAUUCUCCCUUCCACCUUCCCAAUAACUACAUGUAUUUACACGAUUUUAAAUUUCUCCCUCAAAGCGAGACCUGACUGUCUGAUCUUUGUAAGCAACUCUAGAAACUUUUUUAGGCUAUAGAGAUGCUAAAAUGCAUCAUUUUCCUGUCAGUUGUAUAGUAUUACAGAAUAAAAAACCUUCAUGCGUCAGAACAGUGGGAUUUGUUAAGAUUCUUGAAGCACUGGGUUGUAUUCACAGGCUAACAAAAAAGCAAAAACUUGAUUCAAGAUAGAUAGAAAAGAGCAAUCUUUUCUUUAAAAUGGGAUAGGGAUCAGAUUAUAUGAAAAGGCUUUUCAUAGAAGAGCAGGCCCAUUCCAUCUAAUCCAGCAUCCCUGGAUUCCCCCAAUGGAAACCAGGUUCAAAAUAAAGCCCACAAGCAGAGUUUGAGGCUAAUAAUGCUUUUCUGUUAGUCUCUAUCAGCCUAUUCAGAGACAGACUGCCUCUGAACCUGGAGAAAGAAAGAUAUCCCAAUUGAUAGCUGUAUGGAACAUCCAGUUAGAGGCAGGCUAGCUCUUGCGUAAGCUGGCAUUGUGGAAGGGGGUUUUAGUCUCAAAUCCUACACCUUCAUUGCAUGAUGAGCUGCAUGAAGAAGUCAUUUCUAAGAAUCACAAAAACUUAUAAAUUAUUUUGAAAAGCUAUAAAAAAGUUUGAUUCUGUGUCUACUCAGAAGUCCUACUAAAUCCAAUGGGACUUACUCCCAGGUAUGGCUGUAGCCUUAAUUUCCUAUUUGCUACGUAUAGUUCAGAAGAGGUUAGGAGGUUAGGAAGAUGCUGUGCCUUAGCUUCCUGUUCCCAUUUGGUAGGACCAUGACAUCUGUGGAAAUCGGGUCUCUCUCCCUACCUGUGUGCCCCUUCUGGUUGGCACUGGUUGCAAUGUUUCAGCUGGAAACAGGGAGCACCAAACUACUGUAAUUGUAAUUCUUUCUCCUGGCACCUUUCCACUUGUGCACAACUGAUUGUACUUUAAAAAACAGAGUUAAUAGAAUCCCUGCUGUCUGUCAUGGCAGAUAGGAUUGUGAAUCACUUGCACAAAGGAAAUAAUUCUGAAGUUGGGGAGACUAACAUCAGCAAGGGCUUACUAAAUCUCUGACUCUCUCCAAGCAGCCCUUGCAUGUCAACAAAAGCCUCCAGAAUUUGCUCUUCUCUGCUCCCCCAUAAUCUCAUUUUCAUAAAAUGUAUUUGCCACAUGUAUUUGCCAUACUGGCUAUCUAUAGGUCUAUAGAGUCUGGUCCCUGAAUACAUCUCUCUGUAUCUACUACCCUUGGAGUUAAAGAUCUGUGGAGGAGGUCUUGCUUCUGAUGACCCAAGACAGGGCAUUCUCUGCUACUGUGCCCCAUUUGUGGAACUUCUGCUAGAAAUGAGAUAGUCCUCUGUUUUACCACUUUUUCAUCACCCAGCGAAUAUGCUGUUUUGUUUCUGUAGUGGAGUAGAGCUGAGAUCCACUAUGUUUGUCAUGACCAUGUUUGAUUGUAGAUUGCAGCAGAGAUUGUUUUUAAUGCAUAUGUGGUGAAAGCAAACAUACAGCUGAGGGUGGGGGGUGCUACAGGUUAGCCACCCCCUUAAGAGGAUCGGAAAUGAGUUGCAGAGUCAUGGUGCCCUCACUCUGCUCUUGCAUGCUGCUGCUCUUUCAAGGUUCUUGUUCAGCACCAGUCAGUUUGCUGUGACACCUGAAUCAGCAAAACAUUGUUCGCACACGGCCUCAAAGCCGAAAUUGGAAACCUAUUUCAAACUGUAGUUUCCAAUUUCUUGCUGCAAGGAAGGCCACAGAGCACAUGCUUUGCUGGUUAUAGUUCAGAUGCUCAAACCACUGAUUUCUCUAGUUAAAAGAACUUGGUUUGUAGGGCUGGGAACGACCUCUGGCUGAGAUUGUUUGAGAGUUGCUGUCAGAUUAGAAUGCACUGAGUUAAGAGUCCUUAUCCCUUUCUGCAAGACAAUGUGGUAGAGCGUAUGCACCGAUGUUUUGCUACUGCCAUGAACAAAAAAUGCUAAAUUCACUGAGUAAACCUUUUUCCCUCCCAGAUUGAGAAGAGGUGCUGUUCAACAUUUCACCCCAGAAUGGAAACCUGCAUCUUUAAUUAGAAAUUGAUUAACUAAUACACGCAAUAAAGCAAUGCAAGCGCUCUUAUCUAAAGACUGUUUUUUAAAAAGCAUUGGUAUUUAGUUUUAAGACUAGUAAUCAAGGAGUAGUGAACUAAAAUCAGGACACUUUCCUCAUUUUGACCUUUGAUCUAUUUGAGAAAUUUAAAAUGGACUGCUAGGGAAAGGAAGUCAAAAUGAACGUUGCCUUUGUUAUAUAGUUCCUAAAGUUCAGGACAAUAUUCCCUUCCCAGUAAGUUGUUACGCUACUUGGAAGUCCCUUAGUCAGAAGUAUUAUGACCGGGUAAUUGACAAAAUACAUUAUUCCAGGAAAUACAGAAUGAGGGCAUGGAGAUUCCAUGCAACUGCAAAAUGAAAACAGACUUUCAUAUUCUUAUAUUCUUAUGCUGUUUUGUCUCAUCCAUGGGUUUUUCCAUCCCAAAGUGGGAACUAGGAAGCCUCCACCCACAAUUUUUGGGUGGACAUUAAUUGUGGUCAUUCUGGCAAUUCCGAGGGGUCAAGAAAGAGAGGCAGGCCAAGCUCUUAUUUCAGGUUGGACUUUGGAUAUAUAGAGAAGCAGCAGUACUAACUGCUCCUUUGUAGUUCUAAAGCCCAUACUUAAGAAAGAGGCUAAUAAUUUCCCUCUCUCCAAGUUCCCUGGUAUGGCAAAAGACUUUACGAAAGUUUAGGGGCCCCAUCUCUCCUGCCCAACACAAAGUGUCCUUUCCCACCUCAAAAUUAUACAAUAUGUGAAGCAAGCCUUUGCUGUAUGCUAGACAACCUGGGGCAGUAAUACAGUUGUGGGUUACCGUUGGCCCUCCAAAUAGGCCCAUUUCGACUAGCAUGCUCUCACCUCACCUCCCCCCCCCCAACAGCAGUGUGGCGGGAAGAUAAAUAGGACUUCCAUAAAAUUGCGGAAAUUAGGAUAACUAAUCUCAUUCAUUUUACUAUCUUAACUAUUCAACCACCACUAUGCUUUAGGGUGAACUGAUUCAAUAAACAUUUUGCAAACCUUAAAAAAACCCACCCUUUCCUGGUUUGAUACCCCACCUCCCUGAAUGCAAUAAAGAAAUUCUGGCCAUGAGGCAGUUUAAAGUCUUUAUUAAUAGCAAUUAAAUUAUUCAGUUAACACUAUACUUCCAAACAGCAAUUAAAUUAUACAAGAGCAGCAAGCCCUCUGGAAUUUAUGUACUCAGUUUUAUACAAAUAUAUAAUGCCAUAAAGUUUAAUGUACCCCAAACAAAGGGGUAAAUCUGCUGUGUACAGUAGUUUCAGAGCUGCCUUGCUGGCUUUGAAAUGCGCACAACUUCCUUUGAGAGUUUGCUUCUGACAGCAAAUACCCAGAGACAUUUGAAAUAUCCAUGCUGUUGCUUAGAACCAGUUCCUCCCACCUAUGAUAGUGCUGAGCACAUCUUAAGUGCAUUGCAGAUUAAAAAAAAAAAUACUUCAUUUUAGUUAAACUUUUAAAGAUUUAAAUGGCUCUUAAUUCCAUAAAGAUUUGAGCAUGGUAAUAAAAGUUGUAAGAGCAAAUUCAAAACACUGCACUAAACAUGGAAUAGAUAUUUCUGAGUAUUUUAUACCAGUUAAUCCUACUUAGUAUUCUGGAGAUGAAUGGGAAGAAGGGCAGGCUGGUGCAGAGAGAGUAACAUUUUGAGGCUAAUAAUCUAUAAUCCAGUAUUUUAUGAAGUAAUGGAACGUCACUUUUAGAAAGUUGAGUAAUUCUUCUCAAGAGUGGCAUGCCCUUCUCUGCCUCCAAGCCAUGGUAGUAUUGCAUUUCCCGAGUGUGCUUUUGAUAUUUGUUUCAUAAGAGGCUUCAAAUUUCCAUUAUGUGAGCAGAUUAUCACUGACCAAAGAGAAAGACAGAAAACCCAAAGGGUUUCUAUUUUCUAUUUGACCUGGGUGGGACAGAACAUGAGUUGCACUGUUUCUUCAGCAAAUAUAGGUAGUGCUCUUUCUCCCUGUAACGGAUGUGGUGUAUGCAUAUUAUACAUGGUUGAAUAUAGGGGAGUGGACAAAAUCUCCUCCCAAUAAUCUUGUGCUACCAUAAUUGCUGCAGAAGCUGCUGAAUAUAGUACAUUCAAUUAAAAUUCAGAGUUGUUGUUUUUUCUCUAAGAGUACAGGAACAAAGGAAAACACUGAAAACUGAUUAAGACUUGUUUGUGUUAGUCUCGGACUUCCCGAUGCAGUUUAAUAAAUAUCAGGCAAGCUGAAAUAGUUUCUGUCCCAGUAGUUCCCAGAGUAAAGCCAGUCAUGCCCACUGGUGUAUGGAUUCAGCCCUUGAUGGAACCACCUGAAAAGGAGGGAGAAAGGUCACAUGCUUUUGAACAUUGUAUCUAUAUUCCAGUCAAUGUAUGUUUGAGCUGCCAUAUAUAUUCUAGAAACAAUGGAAGUUCAAUACAAUUAUCUUCCUCGCUAUCUACUUGAGCCACUGUUUCCCCUGCUUACUAUGUUUUGAUCCAACCGAGAGAAAGGGAAAAUUAAUUAUGUUUAUUACUGAGUGAGAAAUACAAUUAGGAGGCAACUGUUCUGUGGCCUCAUUUCAGGGAUGGCUCCAAGUAUUUUGUUCGUUCCUUUAGGGAGAGAGCUCUCAGCCAGAAGACUAUAGUGGGCUGGCCAGCUUUCCUUCCUUCCUGCCAGCCUUCCUUUCCACUCCCAUGCACCUGCUCAGAGGGCAUGGAGACAACAGGCUCAUGUCAGGACACAUGACAACUGGCUAAUUAUGUGAUCCUGGAAGCUAGUCCUCCUUUUGCAGGUUAGUUACAUGCAUAUCAGUCCAGCUUUCAAAAUUUAACAACCAGCAAAUUUAAUUGAAGCAAGCACCCAAAACAGCCCCGGAAAGAGAGGUGAGCUUCAGUUUCUUAUCUCGCUGUGAAAAGGGUAAAACAAAACAAAAACAAAACAAAACCAGACACUGCUUUUUUUGAGAAGGUGACAGGAGGUAGGUAGCACUGUCGCUGCAACACUCUAGCCAUCUUGCAAUGGUCCUUCAUCAAUGGCUCAGUUUAGCAUAGAAAGAUAAUACAUAAGCCCCAGUUUAUGAAGCCAAGAACAAGUGCUGGGACCAAGUGCUCCUCCCACCUCCUUGUGUGCUAGCCCUGCCAUUUAUUCCUGGCUUGUACUAAGGCACAGUUCUGCAGCUGGAACACAAGGGAGACUGGCAUAAUACAAGCCAAGAAUGAAGCAAUGCACAUCAGGGGAGUUGCAUGGCAGGACACUUCUUAAAGCUGGAAAAGACUGUCCAAACUGGUCCAAUAAGCGUUAGGGUGCUAGGAAUAGGCAGAAGUGAGUACAUACAUACAUACUGCAAAUAAUCCAAUAUAAAUUGUUGGGUACAUUUACUAUUCUACCGCACCUUGUGCAAACUGAGUUUAUAUGAUCAUUUUUACAGGGAAGAAAAGUUGACAGUGAGUUUUAACACUAUUAUCCCUCCUCUGGUGAAGAAUUACUGUAUAGACAAACCCAUAUCCAUGUUUUGAAAGUUAGGUUUUGAUUGUACUUCACAAAAUUUGACAAAUUGAUGUAUUAAAAAGAAUUGACAGGUAAGGAGAGAAUCAUCAUACGGAGAUUAAAAUUCUUUCCAUGAUGGUAUAAACUCACCCUUAAACUACCAAACAAUCUUAAAAAUUAUGAUACUGGAAAAGAAUAUAUGCCUCUGCCUUUCCUUCCCAGGUACAUCUUAAGAAACCCUGGACAUUAACAUUCAAGGUCUAUUUAAAUAUUAAGCAUCAGGUUUACCAGAACUGCUAAGAAUAACACCCCACCCCAAAUAAAUAAAAACCCAAAAUCAGAAUAGUCAAUUUGGGUAAGUUGGAAAGCCGACAGAAUUCUAAUAAGAGGACCAAAUUCAUAUUUCGAGUAUCACUAAUUUAUAGGAACUGGAAACAAUUUCAAGCUUUAAAAUGCAAAGCCAAACAUGUUAGGAAAGCAAGCAAAAAAAGUAUCAGAAAAAAAUCAAACCUGGGUCCCUGGGCCACUGGCUGACUUUUAAAAAGAGACAAAAAAUAAUGCAACUUACAGCAACUAUAAGACAUUUGAAUGAGCAAACCAUGAAGGAAAGUGUAGAGUCUAGUGCCUGUUGGCAGCUAGCUCAUGUCCCCUACUUGGCAUAAGUAUUUUUAUGAAGGCAACAUUUGGAAGUUUGUGUAAAAGCUAUUAUGCACAGACGGCUCAGUAGCUUCUGACCAAAGAAUACACAAUGACACUCCCAAGUCUGGAGCCAGAGGAAACUUUCAGAAGCUUCUAAAGUUUUAAUUCCUAACGUACAGCUUUGUUUCUUCCCAGUAUAGAGGUACCGUAUUUUUCGCUCUAUAGGACGCACCCGAGCAAAGGACGCACCUAGUUUUUAGAGGAGGAAAACAAGUAAAAAAUAUUCUGAAUCAAAUCAGUGUCGGGGCUGAAGGGGGAAGCCCGGGGUUUCCCCAUAAAGCCCCGGCAUCCCCAAGCUAGAACAGUGAGACGCUGCGCAGUGCUCCGUCUCGCUGUUCUGGCUUCGGGGACAGCCUUUCAAGCCUCCGCAGGGCAGUGGGGUGCCUUCACCCCGCUGCCCUGUAGAGGCUUUGCGCAGCUAACCCCUAAGCCUUUGGAGCGCAGCGCGAGGUCCCGCUGCACUCCAAAAGCUUCAGGCUGCUAUCCCUGAAGCCUGGAGAGCGAGAGGGUUCAGUGCGCACCGACCCCUCUCGCUCUCCAGGCUUCAGAGAAAGCAACGCGAAGCCUCUGGAGCAGAGGGAGCGCUCCCUCUGCGCUUUGGAGGCUUCGCAUUGCUUUUGCUGAAGCCAAGGAGCCUGCAUUCGCUCCAUAGGACGCACAAACAUUUCCCCUUCAUUUUUGGAGGGGGAAAAGUGCGUCCUAUAGAGCAAAAAAUACGGUACUUGAUUUCUAAAUAGAAACCAUGUCUGGCAGCAACAGGACAAAAAGUAUCUGGGAAAAAGUUCCUGAUGAUGAAUAUUCAAACUGGCAGCUGAGCUUGGAGGAAAGUGUCAGUUUCUCAUUCUGUUUCCUUAAACUACGUUCCUGGGACUCAAAACCAGCAUGAGGAAGUGUGCAUGCUCCCCCUUCCCCCUGAAAAGCUCAUACUGGAAGUACCUUGCAGGAGGGACCAAGGGCAUCUGACUUUCUGUGGUUGCAGCAGAGCCUUUCCCAGUCUGCUGCCCUCCAUAGAUUGGGCUCCAACUCCAGUGCGGAGUCAGCCCCAACCUGGGUGGGAAUUUUCAAACCACAGCAAGACGCCCCCCAGAAGAAUCUGCACUGCACACAAUAGUUUUCACCAGAGUACUAUGAUACCCAGCAUUAUGGCAAGUUAUCACACGGGGUGCAAUUUCUAGCAAUUCUCUGCAUAAUGUUUGUAACAUAUGGUAGGCAUUUAGGAGCACUGAGCAAUUCCAUGUAAAAAUACAACUUCUGUAGAAAUAAAUGCAUAAUUCAAAGUAAAGCAUAAUACAGCAUGUUAUCCGUCUGUCUCUACAAGGAGUUCACUGCGUUAAUAGUAUAAUAUACAGGAGUCACGGUCCACCAUUCACUCUGUUCACAUUCUCUGUUCACAGUUAAAACAUAGGACUGGAAUUCUAAAAGGGCAUUUAUUGUUUUUGUUUUUAUUUUUAAAAAACAACCUCACAAUCUCCCUGCUAAAAAUGUAGAGUGGGGCAAGGAAAAGGAAUAAUCCCAGCAACGGGGAAAAACACUUCCACUGGAAAUCCAUUCUGUCCCUGUUCACAUCAACGCACUUGGCUCUUUACCAGGGUUAAUAAAAGUAGCCCAGAACACAGUCAAGCAUUCAUGUCCCAUUAAAAUCAACAAUGUAUCAUUGUCCUAGCUACCCACUGAUUUUUUUAAAAAGACUUGCUUGUCCCAAUUCUGAUUUUUACUACGCACUGACCAAUGCAGUAGAAAGUUUGCAUUUCUGAAACAGAUAUGAUUGAUGCACUGCUCUAUUCAGAGGCUGGAAGACCCUGUUGUUGCCUUUUGUGAGAAAGGUAAGGUCUGGGAGGUAGUUUGACACAUUUAGAAAAUUAGUACUUUGCCAUGUGGCAGGCCUUGUUUCCCACACUGACUACUGAUGUGCUUUAAAGCAGCUCGUAUUGCAAAAUCUUGCCCUUAUCUUGCAUUAAACAUGCAAUUUCACAAUUU